AUGGAGACCGCAACACGCCGCCUAAACGACAUCCUCCUUGCUAAAACGUCAUAUGCUAUGCAACGCCUGAAGGUGAGACAAUACUCCCAGGGCAAUAGAGCAGGGAGAGCUAUGGCAGCACUGCUACAGAAAAAGCAAGCCCAAUCUAAAAUCCCCUAUCUAAUUUCCAAUGAAGGGACAAAAAUCUACAACCCCAAAGAUAUUAACGAUGAGCUGGCCAACUUUUAUCAUAACUUAUAUAAUUUAAAGCAAGACAGCAAUACCCACCAACCCCAAGAAACAGAAAUUGAGCACUUUCUAGACCUCACACACCUGCCACCGCUGACACGGCAACAAAUAGAACUGAUACAGGCACCCAUAACUACCCAAGAAAUACUACAAACAAUAAAAUCCUUACCGUCAGGGAAAUCCCCAGGCCCAGAUGGCCUAACAAAACAAAACAAAACAUUCGCUGAAACAUUGGCCCCCCACCUGACCCCAGUGUACAAUCACAUCACAACAACAGGCAUAAUGCCAAAAGAGAUGCUCAUGGCACACAUUGUAACGCUCCCCAAACCAGGGAAACCACCAAACAAGAGCCAAAAUUUGCGUCCGAUCUCACUCCUCAACACGGACACAAAAAUAUUAGCUAAAAUAUUCGCCAACAGACUGGCCCCAAUUAUACCGACACUGAUACACGCAGACCAAGUGGGGUUUGUGGGGGGACGCCAGGGAGCCGACGGGGUGAGAAAAGUACUGGACUUACUCGGUGGGCUGCGGGGGGGAGGCGUGCCAAGCGUAUUGGUAUCUCUAGACGCGGAAAAGGCUUUUGAUCGCCUUCAUUGGCCCUUCCUCCACGCGGUUCUACAGAAAUUUGGAUUUCCCCCACGAUUCACUGCACUGAUACACGCACUGUAUUCAUGCCCCUCAGCUAGGGUAGUGAAUGGGGGCUUCUCCUCCAACAGCUGCAACAUAUCCAAUGGCUCCCGCCAAGGUUGUCCCCUAUCUCCGAUAUUGUACAUACUCGCCCUGGAACCCCUUACACAGCUAAUUAGAAGUGAUCCUCAAAUACAGGGUAUCCGAGUAAAAAACAAAGAAUACAAGAUCACACUAUUUGCGGACGACAUCCUCCUCACACUGCAAAAUCCACAGGUCUCACUGGCCGCUUUACACAGGUUGAUACACCAGUAUGGGAACUGCUCAUACUACAAACUAAACAUAUCUAAAACGCAGGCACUGGGAAUAAACAUCCCACAGAUAGAGCUGACAGACCUUAAACAAAGGUUCGCAUACGAAUGGCGUACGGACCACCUCAAGAUCCUAGGAAUAGCCUUAACAAAGUCCCUAGCAGGUAUCCACAAAGCAAACUACACACCACUCCUCACAGAGCUCAAAAACCUCAUACAUAGUUGGAAAGGGAAAUUUAUCUCAUGGGUAGGCAGGAUAGCAGCAGCAAAAAUGCUACUCCUCCCGAGAAUACAAUACCUAUUUAGAACUAUCCACCUGGUGGUACCCAACAGCUAUCUACGCGAACUACAGAAACUGAUUAACACAUUCAUAUGGAAUAAUGCCAGACCCAGAAUAGCGAAAGCCACCCUACAUAAACCAUUCUCACCAGGAGGCAUGAGUCUACCAAACAUAACAAACUAUCACAAAGCAGCCAUUCUAAGCCAAGUGCUACAUGUUAGCGGCAACGCCAAACCCCCGCAAUGGGUGCAGCUGGAAGCGUUCUAUACCAACAACUUCACCAUCUCGGCCCUAGCCUGGAUGUCUAGAAAACUAAGACCAAAACACAAGGACAUGCUCCCUACCACGAAAUUCACACUACAGAUCUGGGACCAGUUUAGGGACAAGUAUAUAACAAAAGGGGGCAUCUCCCUGGCAACACCCAUUGAAACACUAGCCCUGCUUAUACCAGGAUUUAACUCCAAAAUGUGGCAAACCCAUAACAUCACACACCUCUUCCACCUGUGCCAAGGCUUGGCACUGAUCUCAUUUGCUGAGGUCCAAACACAAUACGGGGUACCCAAAACAGCCCUCUUCAUGUAUAUGCAGCUUACGUCUUGGCUUAACUCGCAAAAAAUAUGCUCGUACCAUACUGUAAAUGGUCUUCAGCUGACGGAGGUGGAAAAAAUCAGCCUUAACUUACAACCGCGUAAGAAACUAAUAUCCCUGGUCUAUGCAAUAUACAGCACCACAGCAGCAACCCCAGUCCAUACAUUUACAAAAGCAUGGGAUCGAGAAAUACCGAACCACAUAACGGAGAGCCAAUGGGCCCACAUUUUCCGGGCACAUAAGAACCUCUCACUGUGUGCCUCCCAUAUGGAAAUCACACGGAAAAUUUUGUACAGAUGGUACAUGGUACCAGUGCGCCUUAAGAAAGACAACCCAAACAUACCAGACACAUGCUGGCGCUGCCUAAGCGGCAAGGGCUCUAUGCUGCAUAUUUGGUGGUCAUGCCCGAAACUGAAGCAAUUCUGGUUAGACAUCACCGCCAUGAUACGGGAGACCACAGGAGUCGACCUCCAGCAUUCCCCCGAAAUAUACUUACUACAAUUAUUUCCAAAAGGCCUACGUAGAACCCACACAUAUCUCAUAUAUCAUAUCAUAGUAGCAGCCCUCCAAACCAUUAGCAGACAUUGGCGCGACCCAAACCCACCGAAAAUGGCUCAAUGCAUAACAGCAUUACAGCUAACAAAACAAUACGAGCUAAUGGCGCGGAAAAAUACGCCACAAAAACCAUUUAUAGCGGCAGCCUGGGAGCUAUGGGAGAAACACAUAGCAACUACGUAGAGUUGGGUCCAAUGCAGAUUCACUUCUUAAGUUCGAGUCACAUAAACCACUCCGACAGCUGAGACCAUCCAAAUGGGGAAAACCUGUUCAAUAGACCACGCAAUAAGAAAUGUAUGCACCCAUGCAAUGUAUCUAAGUACGGCAUUAGGUUAUCGCUCAGGCAUAGAGCAACUAUAUAAGGUAACUGCAAUAUACAGACACUACAUGAUCUCUAGAGAACACCAUCGCUUCUCCUGGACCCCCUUCCCCUCUUCCCCCCCCCCCCUCUACCCUUGUUUACACCCUAUCUUGGUUAUACUGUUAAACAAUCAACAAGUAAACAAAGAAGGAGACAAGCAUUGUGUAACAGGACUGUAUAUGAUGAAUACCGAUGUCUGCAACAAAUCCCUGUUGUACUCCAUAUGUGUCAAUUUGUUGAUAUGACAAAAUGCAAAAUAAAAAAAAUAAAAAAUAAAAAUAAAAAAAUAUCUAUCAAGAGAUGGAAUUAUAACGGUUUUGCGAGAUUCUGUCUGCAUGGCCGCACAGAAACACAGCGGUCAUGCCGACAAAAAUACCGCUAUCCGACCUUCUUCCUUCCCGGUCCCCAGCAUGUGCAGCGUUCCUAGAGAACUCGGAACUGCGGCUCCGGUUUUAAUAAGGAUAUAGCCUUUGCCCACAUUAAAGAUGGCGCUUACGUGCGUGUGACGUGUAGAGAAGGUGAAGGGCCCUGGAUUGGUAGAGACAUCACCAGCUGCUAGAAGCAGGGGGAGAGAAAGUGACAGGAGGUGUGAAUGGGUUUUGUAUGCAUGUGGUCUAGGAUGAGAUUGAUUGUGGGUAGGAGUGAGAGAGUAGAAAAAUGAGUACAAAGGGUGAAAUGAGAGAAGGUGGGAGUGUAGCAGAGAGGGGCAUAUGUAACAGUGGGUGGUGGAUGAAUGAAGUGGUUGUAAGGAGAGAUUUUUAUACUGAGGAAGAAGGAGGAAAUAAAGAGGAGGAGAAGACAGAUCAUUGCUAAGAUGGGAAAAAGUAAAUUGGAAAUAAUUGGAAUAUUAAGAGCAGGUGAAGUUAGGGUAAAUAUUUAAGUUUUAUGGGUUAAGCAAGUGCAGGAGUGUACUAAUAAGGGGCAGUGUGUACAUCUGUUAUUUUUACUUAAUAUUUGGCUGUGACAGAUAAUUUAUAAAUGUAAUAAUGAGCAUUGGGUAGUGAGGGGAGAGUGGGUAUCAGACUUCUUACAGCAGUAUCUGUGUUUGAUAGUUUUGAUAUCAGGCUGUUGAAUAAAGAUAUAUAAGGGUCACAUAGGCUUGCAAUAAAGCUGAGGGAGAUGGAUAUCUAUCUAGGCACAGAGAUUAAGAGAUGGUUAUUCAAAUAAAAACAAACAUAUCAAUAAAAGAAGGGAGGGGUCAGAGGUCAGUCAGAAAUCAGAGGGAAAAUAGAGGAAUGCAUAUAGGUAAAUAAAACAAUUACAUACAGGGCUAGCAAAACUACACUUUAGCAUGACAGACAACUACACUUUAGCAUGACACUCUUUCAAAUACUUGGGUAUGUUGUUAGACCCCAAUCUGUCUUUUGGCCUCCACAUAGAAAACUUGCAUCUAAACUUUAUCCAAAAGUAGGUGGCCUGUACAGAAACAAAUCCUGCCUAAGCCCUACAGUAAAGGAAAAGAUUGUACAGCAAAUGCUGAUGCCAAUCAUUGAUUAUGGGGAUGUAGUAUAUGCAUCUGCAUCGCAAUCCCACAUUAAUAAACUCAAUACAUUGUAUAACUCGUUCUGCCGAUUUGUGCUACAAUGUAAUUACAGGACCCACCAUUGUGACAUGCUAAAAGAACUAAACUGGCUGUCGCUGGAAUCCAGACGCACACUUCAUCUUUCCAGCCUUGUGUUUAAGAGCUUUUCUGGGAAACUCCCACCCUAUCUGAGCAAAAUGAUCUCCUCGGCUGUUCCCACCUCCCCUAACCUCAGAUCCAGACUUUAUUUAGUCUACCCAGGGAUGUAUUUACCACAAGGCAAACAAGGCAUUUGCCUAGGGUGGCCCUUUCAGGGGGGUUGCCAAAAAAUGCCACCCCAAGCUCCCAGACAAAUGCCUUGUUUGCCUCAUGUUCUGGGGCUGUUCACCUUACAGUGAGUGAGUGUACCUGUCAGUGUGUGUCUGUGAGUGAGUGAAAGUGUGUGUCUUUCAGUGAGAAUGGGUGUGCCUGUGAGUGUGUGUCAGUGUGUGUAUGUCAUUUUAUGUGUAGCUGGUUGAUUAAAUAUUUCCUACCUGUUCUAUGUUAAAUGUUGUAUAUAUUGUGUAUUAACAUUGUUUUUUGUAUUUUAUUGUACCCUAAUGUAUCAAUGCCAUGUUUUGUGGACCCAGGACAUACUUGAAAACGAGAGAAAUCUCAAUGUAUCUUUCCUGGUAAAAUAUUUUAUAAAUAAAUAAAUAUAACAACAAGAAAAUAUACAAUGCACACAGGAUAUAUAAAAUAAAAUAAAUGUACAGGGUGGUUAGAUUAAAUAUAAAUGAUGCUGUGCAGGAUAGAGUCUUAGUGUGGUCUUCCAGAAUGCUACCUUGCUUAUUGCAGAUGAUCAGCUGAUGGAGCACAGACUUUCUUGCAGCAGUAUUGGCUAUAGAGCCUGUAUAGCACCCUCUGUUGGUGGCAACAGCAAUAUGCACUACCUGAAUAGCAAGGCUGGCUAAUUUGCAUAUUCAAGUACAUUUGCAUAUUCCUAAUACUGCAGGCUGAAGAGAUAUUUUGUGCUGGUUAUUGUCUUCCCCGUCCCUUUAUAAAUAUGUUGUUAUGUAUUUAUAAUUCCCUGUAUGUUUUCUAACAUGUGUUGGUUAUUUGUAUUUUAGUAAGUGUGUCACAACAAGCUUAUUAUAACAAACAUAUGGGCUAGUCCCAAGUAAAAUAAAAUAUUGCAUGUUAAUUCAAUUUUGAACUGGGUGUCCUGUGUGGAUUUUUAGGGAUCCCAAUUGACAGAGUCUUCCAACCCAUUUGCUGGCUGCACAAUCUCUCUAGCCCUGGAAUAAAUCAAAAGAGUUAGACCUGAGAGCCGAAAGUGCCUUUCUAAAGGCAAUAGCAAUCCCCAUAAGCAAAGCUGCAGAGGGAGCUAUACCUGCCUGAAAGGAGAUCUGCAGCCUGAUCGGGUGGAAAAACGCCAGAGAGACCCCAGUCAAGCUUCGGCAACUGAGGCUGAAACGUUCCAGGGUCCUUGCAAGCAGCUAGGAAGCGGACUGUGCAGAGGUACUUGAUCGGAGUACUGAAGCUCUGUUACACAUACCAAUGUUUUAAUACAGUUGGAGGUUACUGAGUUUAAUAACAGGGGUGGUGGGACGCAGCUAAGCUUGGGAGGUGAUUGCGUGGAAGCACUGACAGACUGAUAGGAUAGCGUGAGCGCUUUACUUUGGUACCCUCUUUUCCUAUCUUCCUUUGUAGUGUGCAAUUGAACAUACAUUGAAGAGUUUAUUGCUGCCCCAUAUAAAACCCUAAUUCAAUUUAGGACUGACUGGGUUUACGGAUGUUGGUCUUCUGGUUUACUCUGUUUACGACAUAGCAGAUUUGGUCAUAGUGACCAUUUCUGCUUCAUUGUUUGAAAUUGGGAAUUGGGUAAUUUUACUUUUGAGAAUAUACUCAUGUUAUUUCCUCUCUUGUUAGAUAGUUGAAGCAAACUGAUCCCAAUAUUAAGUUCUAUCUCUAGUCUGAACUGAAGUUUGGGAAAUGUCAUCCCAUUUUUCAUCUCAAAUUUAAUUUGCUAGAUACUUUCUUACUAAAUCACAUUCAUGAUCUGUCUCUUGAUAGAGCUCUCUUUUCAGUCAUUUUUUUAUUCACAAACCAUGGUUUUAAACACAAAGUGUCUUUAAUAAUAUUGCGUUAUUUCAUCGCCAUAUUUCCCCAGGGUGUAUUGUUUUGACUGACUCAAACGGAAACAUCUGCUAUAAACUCUUCACUUUAAUAGUAGCCAAUUUGAAUUAUGUUCAGUAUGUUAACAUUGUGCAGUUCCUAGAAUGAUAUAUAGUUAUAAAGUUGUGUCAGGUUCCUAUGAUGAUAUAUAGUCAUAAAGUUGUGCCAAGGUCUUAGAACGAUAUAGAGUAAUACGGUUGUGGCAAGUUCUUAGAAUAAUAUAUAUCAUGCUGUUUUAUUUACGCUUUAAUCAGACACUAAGGGCACUGCUGCAGGAUGUGCCGGGCAGCUAACAGUGCAUAAAAUAGGUGGUUCUAAAUUAAAAUAUGAGCAAUAAAUUAUUUUUCAAAUAUACAUUUUGUUUCAGAAAGCAUUUAAUGAGGCCGUCAGCCAUGGGAGCUGUGGCUAGGGCUGAAUAAACAAAGUAAUUUAACUCCUAAAUGGCAAAGAACUGAGUAGUGAAACUGCAAAGGCAUAGUCUAUACAUCAAAACCACUUUUUAAGUCGUUCUCACAGUGUCCCUUUAAGAUAUUAUACCUUUUUUUUAACUUCCAUGUUCCUUUAAAUAUGUACUCAUCUAUGUUUUUUCAAAUGUCACUUUCUUAGCUGUGCCCAAGAGUGAAUGAAGCUCUUGCUAUCCUCCAAAGAGAAUUAGACACAUUUCAAGGUGAGUCUGAACCCCUUGUAUUCAUAAUCACACUAUAGUAAUAGAAAAAAAUAAUAAUUGAAAAACAGCAAAAAGGGAAAACAUACACAGAAAAUGAAAAAGUAAAGAAUAAUAGUUGUCAAGUAAUUAUCUGUAAUUAUCUGUUAUGCUGCUUUAAUCAACCUCUGCAAACAUUUGCUUGAAAUUAACUAUAGAAAUACCUUAAUGUAAUAAACCCAGCACUGAAACCACUACAGUUGGGUAUAGUGUUCAUGGUGCCAGGAAUGUGCCCGUUGGCCUUCACUACUACCAACAGAGAGCUGGAAGCUCCUAAGCAGAAGCUAUCCUGAGCUAAUCCCUGCAUUGGUUGAGAGCAUUGGCUGAUAUCUCUUAGCCAGUGAGCCAAGCCCUGCACAACUAUGUUUAGUUCAGACAAAGAGCUUCCGACUCUAUGUCAAAAGUAGUAGAGAUGCAUUACCAACCAAAGCUAACAAGUCAAACCGUUCUAAAAUGCCUUGACUACUUACAAUAAAAACUCUAGGGUAUUCCUGGCACGAUAACCUCUACAUGGGUGUAAGUCAGUUGUUAAGACGUGUGUACAUUUGUACAUUUCAUAAUGUCAUAGUGAGUCAUACCCAACCAAACACCAGGCUGGUUUCCUUUGUUUCCGAACUAGUGUUAUUGUUAUGCAGAUAUUUAUUUUAAAGAUUACAGACUAUUUUAAAUUGCCAAAGUUGCAAAAUGUAUUAACUGUUCGUUGUCAAAUGUCAGGACCUUACCUUCCUUCUUCUCAAAGCCCACCUCCUUUCCCAUUGCUGUUCCACAUAAGAUAACAAGAACCUUUCAUACAAAGUGUACAUACAAAGCAUACAUACAAAAAGAGCUAUGCAAUGUCAGUGUCAAGCAGGCAAUAUUUAUUAGAAUUUAUUUAUUAUAAAUUACGGUAACAUAAAAUAGAUUUAUUAACUUAUUAAGUUGUCUGAAGUCUAAAAUUAAGAAUUUUUGAAGUGCAGCUUCACUAUAAAUGUGAAUCGAAGAGAUCUGAUUUGGAACCACUGUAAUCGCUCUUAUAAUAUUUCACUACACUAUUUGGUGUUUCUAAUUUUAUUUUAUUUUGUUUUUGUUCUCAGUCAUUUCCCAACUUGAUGCAAAAAAUGAAAUUGAUUACUCUCUUGUACAUCCUCCACGGGUAGAGAAGACUCACAUUGAUCUGGAGCUAAAGGUAAUCGUGAUUUCAGAUUAUAUUAUAUAUUUUUUACAUGAUCUACUUGCAGUCUUACUAAAGACAUAAAUACAUCCUAAACUAUCUAAAUUUCUUUAGCUUGUUAAUUGGCAAUGUAUUUACUUUGUCUGAAAAUGCCUAUAUUUAUUAAAACCAUAAGAAUACAAUUGGAUGAUCUAGCUUAGUUUUUCAAAACAUGAUGCUUAAUAAAAACUGUUACUUUUCGAAAUACUGUGUUUUUAGAAAAUCGUUUCUAGUUUUUUAAUUUAUCUCAAUUAAUUUGUGUUUUUUUUUAUUCAUGUCUUCAAAAUGACCUUUUAAGGAUCAAACUAUGUCCCAUAGUCACUUCAUCCUGUUAAAUUGUAUAUGGUGCAAAGACCCAGUGAAUGCAGUCUUUCUUUAUAAAAAUAAAUCACUUAAUAAAUAAAGAAUCACAGAGAUAAGUACAAUUUGCCUAUGUUUUGGGACACCUCCCUGGGUUAUUAGUCAGGCAUUUAGAAUACUCUCUUCCUGUCUGAUAACAGUUUUGUGCAUUUUUCCCUUUGAUGUCAGCACACAUGCAUGCACACAUAAUUUUACUCCAAUAUUUAGCAGAGAUUGAUGGUGAAAUGGAUACGUAAAAAGUGUCAAAAUAACCUGUGACAUUAGACCACAUCACUGGGAAAACGUAUCGCAAACAAUUCCUCUUAACAUAAUGCUAGUACUAGCUUCUUUUUUUUCCAAUUAAUUACAUAUGUAUGGCAGACAAGAGAUGGAAGCAGACUGGAGACAUGGCUGACAGGAGUGGGAUUAUGUAACGAACCUCAGGUACUUUGUGAAGUAUGUUCGUUCGCACACUCCCGAAAUGCUAGGGACUUAGUGAUUAUAGCCCGUUCGCAUAGUACAUUGAUUCGUACGUACCCGAAAUCUAAGCUGUUCGUGAGAAUAAAUCAAGUGGUUCGUCGUUCACAUACCCAAACAUCAGCCGAGUCUUGAUGAAGGGUACAACAGGAAUGUUUUAUUAUGGCCAGAUACCACACUUUUAUACACAGACUCCCAGCAGGAGGUCUCAAGCAAGGACACUCCCAACACCCAAGUUGUCCAAGUAGCGUUCAGAUCCCACGAACACAGCCAAAUCGUCACCGGGGUACAGUUUUGACCACCCGCACACAUGGCGCCUGCCCAAAUUAGUUCCAGAGAAUCAGUGGUAGAGGUCGGUCAUUUUCUGGAGUUCCAAAACAAGCAAAAAGACAAAUGGUUCCCCUGGCUCAUAAGUAGCGAUUAUUCGCCUUGUUCAUGCCUUGUUCAUGCGAACAAUCCUACAGAACCGUGUUCCUGGCUUGUUGUGGAAAGAAGCAGGCGUUCGUGUGAAUCUGCCGGUGUUCGCGAGGUCAAGCGUCCGUCUUAAAGUUCCAGACACCUGAUAACAAAGUCCCACUGCCUGUUUUCGUGAGACAAGAUGCCCGCCAUUUUCUCCAGCACGUGGUGUUCGUGUCACACAGAAAGAGCACUUAAGUUUGUGGUUUAUUUGAAGUUAAUGAGCCAGGGGGUAGUUGGUGUUCGGUAGAUCCAUCUACCAAAUGCAGGGAAAGUAACUGGGAGAAUAAAGUACAUAGUUUUGUCACACAGUAGAAUUGAAAACAUGGUUGGAGACAAGGUAGGGAAGGGGACUGGAAAUAUAUAUUUCAAUUAAAAUGUAAUACUCCCAGCUUUUUGGUGUUUUAUGCCCACAGGGCAUGUUAGGGAUAGUUAGGGAAAGUUACAAUUGCAUUUUAUUUAUUCCUUCUUUUCUAUUUUUGCUGUACUGUGAUCAGCUAAACUUCCAGUGCCUACAAUGGACUCUGGAUAAGCCUCUUAUCAAUCACCUCCCAAAUAGACAGCAGUAUGUCACUGGUAACAACUAGAUAUGAGCAGGAUAUCCUGGAUAUUUUCUUACAUGUGACGAAACACAAUUACCUAUUGUUCUAUAAAUAGAAGUAUUAUAAGUUCUGUAAUGCCCUCUGGUGGCUCACCUUAAUAGUGAUUUAAAUACUCCGACAAUCCUUAAUGUGGUAGUGCGCAUAGAUCGAUUUUAAAAAUGUUUCCAUAAGAUAAAUGUAUAUCCACAUAUACAUACGCAUAAACAUAGCACAUGCAACACAUGUAAUGAGUAAAUAAUUUAGAAUACAUUAACAGUUUUAAAUGGGUCUAUGAAAAAUAGUGUAUGAAAGGCUCCAUAAAUUUUCAGUGCGAGAGAGUGACAUUGUAAUAACACAAUCUAGGUAAAAGGUAAAUGAGAGUGUCUGGGUUAUUCAUAAAAAUGAGAAUUCAAAGCGAAUUUCAAAUUUAAGGUCAGUGGAAGUUAGGGGAGUUUCUUCAGCCUUCACUCCCCUCCAUUUUACCCACCCUUUUCAGUUUCAGAACAGUCCGCUAAUAACAGAAUCAGGGCAUCAUUGUUCAGCAGCAGAAGAGUGAAACCCAAUACCGAAUGUAGCGGUGCUCCCUGUACCUUUGCUGGUUACCCUCACCAAGGAUCACUUCCUAGCUGGAACCUGGGAAAACCUCAGUGCUUCUGCCCCAGUCGCCAUUGCUUGACUGGCGUCCUCUUGGAGCCUCUCCCUCCUGGAACAGGAUAGGGGACUCGUUCUAUUCCCUCCCAGGAACUGGAUGACACACAGUCCUUGAAGCUGUAGUCCCACUGAGUCCUCCACGAGCUGGAACAUGGUGGUUGGUGUUCGGUAGAUCCAUCUGAGCUGAGCAGUGAUUAGCCCUUUCCCCUCCCAGUAACUAGACGACACAUAGUUAUGGGAAUACAACUGAUUUUAAUGAACCAAACUCUGCCUUUUAUGCACAGAACCCAGCAGAGGAUCUCCAAACAAUACAAUGCAAGCCCUUCCCAGGAAUCUCUUCACCUGGGAGAUAAUUGAGUUAAAGACCGGUAAGCUAAUUAUUUCCCAGGAACAGACAGCCCAACACAAAAACAUAAAAGUAACCCAAAAUACUAUACAAACAUAUAAUAAUUCCACAUGUCAUACAUCCCCAAACAGCCCUGAUCUGAGUGCCCAAGUUGUCCAAAUAACACUCAGAUCCAUGCAGUGUAGGGGAAACGCCACCGUGUCAAAUUUCUGACUGGCCGUACACAUGCCCAAAAUAGUUCCAGGGCGUUUGGUGCUUUUGCUGGUCAACUUUUAGGAGUUUCUGUGGUCGCAAAACGGGGUGCUCCACCUGGCUCUCAGGUUCCCUUUAGUCUCAGGUACCUGCCCUCAAGGUGGGUUGCAAAGUCGUUCAAAACCCCAUGCCAAGUUUUCCUGGAACCGCAUGGUCACCUCAUGCCGAAAACAGUUCCAUAACCGCUGAGGUGACUGGGAACCACGAAGUCCUCAUGUCGAAAUUAGUUCCAUAGCAGUAGCAGCUAAGUACCGCUGAGUACCAUUCAUGGGUUUGUUCAUGCGAAUGGCCGCAAGGGAGCUGGCAUUCGGUUCCAUUCAAAUGAAGGGAAAGUUUCGAACCAAGAGCACUGAGGGAAAGAUGCUAAUGGCGGCUGGGCAGCAUAACUCCUGAACAGGGUCUUACACCUGGACUGUAGUCAGUGGACAGGAGGCCAGCUUCCACAUUCCUACAGGAGUUCAUGGCGAAGUUCGUGGAAAGGAGCAUUUGUCACACCAGAGCCUGCUCUGCAUGAUCACACCCUCUCAUCUCCCCAGGAUAUUCAAUGAAGAGAUCUUCCAACUGCACUUGUGUAACUCUGUUAGGCAUUCCUAAUGCACUUCUCUAGCAUUCCUAGGAAUAGGACAUUAAUUGGUUAGAUAGGACACUGAUUGCCCCCCUAAAGUGGGUGUGGAAAGCAUACGAACAAAGAAGCAAGUAAACAUGAAACAAUCAUAUUUACCUUAUUUUUCCUUUCAGUUUGCAGAAUGAGGCAACUGUCUCAAUCAAAGCUAAAACUUUUGAAUGAGUCAGUUUUCGCAAAGUGAGGCAUGUCCCUUUAAAUAAGUGACAAAAUGAAUCAGUUUAUCAGUUCAUGAUAUAUUUCCUUUUCUGUAUGGCUCUUACAAAGCAUAUGGAGCCAAGUUUGAUACCUUAUCUGACUUUAUCAAAGAUAACUCGUAAAAUUUUUUAUUUACUUAUAUACUUAUUCUACCCAUAAUACGGUGCUGCAAAACACAAUAUUGUUAUUAUUAUAUGGCAAUAUAUAGUGACAUCUAGUGGUGCUUACAGGAGUUAUAUAAUUGAAGAUUAUGCUAGCGUUAGUGUACUUAUAAUCUUAAUUUUAGUAAUGACAGGAGGCGAGUAUUUUGCAUUAACUCUCUUUACUUACUCCACACAGCAGUAAAGAAAAGUGAGAAAACAUUAACCAAUCAAAAAUGCAGUAGGAGGUACAAUAUUCACAGUGAUGAGGCUCCUCCCCCUCUUUCGAAAGCGACAUCAGAAAACAAAUUUCCCUCAAUAAAUCCAAAGUCUUGUAACUUGCACCAACGGGUGAACUUUCCAACUGAGCCGGUCUAGAGGCCGGAAGAUGGUCCAAACGUGUCCAUCCUGAGUGUGAGCUGCAAUAUCCUGAAGUUAUGCUGAAAAAGAACGUGGAAAAAGGUUAGGUACCGAUCUUGCAACUGUUUGCAGUAAUGAAAUAGACCAGAUACAAAUUCCACUGACAAUGAGACAUUUAUAGCAUAAUGACAGUAACAGAUAACAGGGACAUAAAUAGACCUGGUACAAACAUGAUAUCCUGCAGAGUGAGUAGGAAGAUAGUAGAGGGGUGAAAGCCCACAGUGUAGGUAUACUCACGUGAGAAACGUAUCCCUCGCGGGUGUGGUGGGAGGGAAAAUACUCGCCUCCUGUCAUUACUAAAAUUAAGAUUAUAAGUACACUAACGCUAGCAUAAUCUUCAAUUUUACAACAUGACAGGAGGCUUCAUAUUUUGCAUUUUUAACGCUGAUGAAGGAGAGACGCGGCUGCCCCGGUGUUCGGGCGGAAAUAGAAGGUCCGAAAGGUCGCUUCGCGUGACCAAUCCGCGGCUCGUAGGAUGUCUGCCAGCGAUGCGCCCGCGGUGAAAGCCGACGAGGCCGCCGCACCGCGAACGGAGUGGGCGCCGAAGGUCUCCUCCACUCCUGCCAGAGACAGGAUCCAUCGCACCCAUCUGGCGAGGGUGGUAGUGGAGACGGGUACGUGAGGUCUAACGUAAGACACCAAUAGUUGGCCCGAAGAUGAGACCCGAAGUGGGGAUGUGAUUUGUACAUAUCGACGCAGAGUGGAGACCACGCAGAGCAGCGGUUCCGUAGGGAAAAAGGGGUAAAAAACCGACGAGGAGUCCGAUUUGGUACGACGUGACACUAGGAAGGUAACUCCCUCGGGGGAGACCGAAAAGGCGUCAAUGUCGAAAGCCCGCACGUCCGAAACUCUGCGGAACGAGACCAAACACAGUAGAAGUGUUAGUUUGGCCGACAGUUGUCGGAGUGAAAGUCUGUCGUUAUCUGGCCAGUCCCUAAGGAACUGGAGAACGACCUCCACAUCCCAUAACCGGGUGUAUUUGGGUUUGGGAGGCCUCUGGAGUCUUAUGCCCCUGAGAAGACGGCAUACCAGAGGAUCUUUCCCGACGGGCAUCCCCCGGGUCGGAACAUGAGCCGCCGAAAUCGCGGAGCGCACAACGUUGAGGGAUCGGUAAGACCGUCCCAUGGAGUACAGAUGGGAGAGAAAGUUCAGGAUGGCUGUUACAGGUGCCGUAAAGGGAUCAAAGUUCCGUUCACUGCACCAAGCGGCCCAGGAAUUCCAUGCUGCAAGGUAGCAUCGUCUGGUUCCUGGUGCCCAUGAAUCCCAUAAGAGGUCUCGAGCCGUCUGCGAUAGGUCCUCGGUUUGCCAGGCACCUCUGAAAGAGUCCAAGCUACUAGAGUGAGGCGGUCUUCCAGAAUGAGAGGAUGGAGGUUCCCUCUCGGGUCUGUGAGGAGUGUCUGGUAGGACGGUAUGAGGAGAGGGUCCCUGUAGGAUGAUACUAGGAGGUCCGGGAACCAUGGUUGGCCCUGCCAUAGGGGGGUGAUGAGGAGCAGAGACCCGCGUUGCGUCUUCAGGUAUUGUAUCGUCCUUGCCACCAUGGCGAAUGGGGGAAAGGCAUAAGCGCCCUUGAGCGGCCAUGGUUGGAGAAAAGCAUCUACUGCCUUGCUCUCCGGAUCUGGUAGCCAGCUGAAAUACUCGUCCGUCUGCCUGUUGUUGCGCGAUGCGAAGAGGUCUAGGUGGAGGGAGCCCCUCCUGGCCGAGAGGCGCUGAAAGAUCAUUGGGUCCAGUCUCCAGUCGCUGCUGUCCCGCCAAUGGCGAGAAAACCAGUCCGCUGUCAGGUUCGUCUCGCCCGGGAGAUAUUCUGCCAUGAGGGAGAUGUUCCGGGGUAGGCAAAACUGGAAUAUUUCUUUCGUGAUCUCCGAAAGGAGUCUGGAACGGGCCCCUCCCAGUCUGUUGAUGUAACGGACCGCUGAGACGUUGUCCAUCCGGAGGAGGAUGCAACAAUUCGUCCGGUCUUUCGCUAAGCUGCGGAUUGCAAACGACCCCGCUAGGAGUUCCAGGCAGUUGAUGUGGAGGUUGAGUUCCUGGGAAGUCCAAGUGCCUCCUGUUGAAUUGCCUUGGCAGGUGGCGCCCCAUCCCCAGAGGCUGGCGUCUGAUUCCAGGACUAUAUCGGGCGUGUUCCCGAAGAUGGCUCAGCCAUUCCACGCUUCCAUGCUGUCCAACCACCAUCCGAGUUCGUCCUUGACUUCCUCCGUCACCGGAACAGUUUGGUCGUACGAAGGGUUCUGGCGGAGAAAGGAAGCCUUCAAGCGUUGCAUCGCUCUGUAGUGGAGCGGGCCCGGGAAUAUCGCUUGGAUAGAUGCGGAUAGUAAGCCCACGAUCCGAGCCAAGUUGCGGAGUGGAAUGGUGUGGCAGCGAAUGGUUCUGCGUAGCUCCUUCUUGAUGGCUGCGAUCUUUGAGGUCGGGAGCCGUAGUGUGCUGGUCUUGGAGUCUAUUUCGAAACCCAGGGUUGGGGAUACUUCUGACUUUUGGAAGUUCACCACGAAACCUAGGGAUGUGAGGAGUCGGGUGGUAUAUCGUGUGUGUUGCGUUAGACUGUACCUGUCUGAGGAGAACAGUAGCAGGUCGUCCAGGUAGAUAAUGCACCGAAUUCCUUGACUUCGUAGUCGAGACACUACUGGUUUCAGUAGUUUGGUGAAACACCACGGUGCUGAGCUGAGGCCGAAGGGGAGGCACGUGAAUUGCCAGGGGCGACCUUGCCAUCGGAACCUGAGGAAUUGUCGGCAGGAAGCAUGGACGGGUACCGAGAGGUAGGCGUCCUUGAGGUCCAGUCUUGUGAACCAGUCCCCGUCCUGGAGCAGAUCUCGUAGAAGGUGGAUGCCUUCCAUCUUGAAAUGUCUGUACAGUACAAAGGCAUUGAGCCCCCUCAGGUUUAUAACCGGCCGGAAAUCUCCGGAUUUUUUCUUCACUAGGAAAAUGUUGCUGAAGAAACCGUUUUGGUCGUGAGCGGGUUCUAUCGCUCCUUUUUCCUUGAGUUCCCGUAGUUCGCCAUCGAUUAAGUGGCGAUCUUUCUUGGAACAGUGAAUGGGGUGCGGAGGGGCGGUCUGGAACGGGGUUUCCACGAAAUCUAUGACGUAGCCCCGAACCGUCUGGAGGAUCCAUGCGUCCGUGGAGAUGGCUGUCCAGUUCUGAAAAGACAGAGCAAUACGACCUGCAGUACAUGGGGUAAGUGGACAUUGAGACACUAAGGUGCUUACCUGUGGAGAAGCGUGCUCUGCCACGGUUACGAGGUCCUCUGCCUCUGUCGGCUCCUCGGGUGUAGGAGAAGGGCUGUCUGAAACCCACUUCUGGGUAGAAGGGUUGGGGUCUGUGCGAGCGGGGGCCAGAAGGCCAAAAACGGCUGGCUGCUCGGCCCCUGUAGCGGCCAGCCCGUCCAAAAACACCCCGACUGGGGUGGCCCCUGAAGACUCGCUUCAUGGAAGUGUGAGCCUUAUUUAGUGAGGUGAAAAUGUUUACAUGCUUGUUCAGUUCCUUGAGGAAGGCCUCCCCAAACAAUUUGCCCUGUGCAAGCGGUCCCAACUCCUUGGUGCCCAAUUCCACCAGCUUUCCGUCAAUACGGAGCAGCGCUGCUUUACGCCUCUCAGAGGAGAGGGCUACAUUGGUGUUGCCCACGAAACAGAAGCACCUCUGUGCCCAUUCUCGUAUAUCAUGUGCCCACUCUUUAACCAUACUGGCAUCAAAUUCGUCAGCCCUUGUAAAAGCAUCGUCAGCCAAAAACAUGAUGCGGGAAAGUGGGCCAAUGGAAUCUAGGAGUUUGUCCUGAACUCCGUGGAAUCCUUUUUCAACGCCUCUCCUGGGGUCACGGCCACCCCGAGACAUGAAUGUGUUCAUGACCUGGUCGAAUUCGGGAGUCUGAGCCACGUGGUCGGGAAGGGAAGGGCGAGGGCAUUCUGAACGAAGUCGGUUGCGCACCGUUUUGUCCAGGGGUUUGCGGAGCCAACGAUGCAUAAAUUUGGAGAGAUGAUCCGGGGGGGUCCAGUCCCCCGAACGCGGGUGUCGUAUAUUGCGAGGGUCGAAUAGACGCUGGCCCGUGGGGUCCAGGAUGGCUUCCCCUUUGUCAUGGACCGGUGUGGGGUCAUCCGGCAGUUGGGUGUCGUCCAAAAAGGUGCCCUGCAGGAGGCCCGUAUGGGAUCCUGUGUCCGAACCCCAGUCAUUAUCUUGUGAAUCAGAAUCUGCGGCCUGCCACUCGUCCAACACGGCCAUGGAGCGUGUGUGUUCUUCCCCCUCAUCUGAGGAGUAGUGGGCGGGAGUGGGUGGGACUGGCCUGUGGCGUUUGGCCGGUGCCUUGCCUUUGCCCGGGUUAUCAGCCCCUUUUUCGCCCUUCCAGUGGCGUUUGCUGGGCCGUGAAUCGGCCUGCGUAUGGGAUUCUGAAGCCUCAGAAUCAUAGUCAUGGGCUUGGGCUUUUGUGACUUUUUUAGCCUGAUCGGCAGUUGCCGUCAUAACCCUGGAUAGCGCUUUCUCCAUAGAGGCGGAGAUGGCUUCCGCGAUCAUGGUUUGGAAAUCCGCAGGGUUUUGGGGUGUAUCCAUAAUGAUAGGAGUAGGACCGCUGUAAUAGAGAAAGCACAGUAAACGUUGGGCUAGGGGUCAAUCCCAGUGAGUGAAAAAGGUACCUGCAGUACCCAGGCAACCCCAGCAGGGUAGUGUGUAUAUGUAUAAUAACAAUAAAAUAGGAAUAAGCACCCCGGCAGGGUGAGAAUGAUAAAUCUGGCAGCAAAAGCACCAGUUUCCCCCAGCAGGGGAUAUUGGGUUUUUUCUGGGCCUCACCCAGUUAUAUAUGCAUGUACAUAUAUAGGUGGCACAAAAUCCACCUGAUAGCAGCGGUAAUUAGAUGAUAGGGCCUCACCCUGAAUGUAGCAAAAUGGCACAUAAAUACACUGGAGAGCCAGUAAUGAUAAACAGUAUGGGGCCUCACCCCAAUGCACAGUUUUAUAACCUUAUAUGGGAAGGCUGACUGACCUGGGGACCCCUGCCUGAUUGCGUCCGGUAUUGAGGUGAUCGGGUGCCGAAAUGAAGAGACCGCAAUGCUCCCAAGAUGGCGGCCGUGGAUCUCGCGAGACGCGAGAUCCAAGAUGGCCGCCGGAGAAAAAACGGGAAGUAAUUUCCCGCCGUGCGGUAGAAACAGCGCGGCUGUGAAGCCGUGAGGUGGGGAACGGGUGGAGGAGGGUGAGCUUUACCCUCAGUUAGGAGGAAAACAGUCGGUCCGACGGCGGGGGAAAAAGCCGGCGGACCGCGUGAGAACGAAAAGGGGGGGAAAAGGCCCUGAGAAAAAGGGACAAAAAAGGAGAAAAAAACCCCCCUCCCCAAGGGAUAAAGUCCCAGAGAGUAAAACGUCUAAGAAGAUGUAUAGUAACUAUCUAUGUAAAUACAAAUAUACAGUACAUAGAAAUACAGUAACUACAAAUGUAAUAUAGAGCAAAUAUAAUAAGUAAAAGGGAAGAGCCAAAAACUCUGACCUGUUUGCUGAUGGAGCAGUAAAGAAAGAGGGGGAGGAGCCUCAUCACUGUGAAUAUUGUACCUCCUACUGCAUUUUUGAUUGGUUAAUGUUUUCUCACUUUUCUUUACUGCUGUGUGGAGUUAGUAAAGAGAGUUAAUGCAAAAUAUGAAGCCUCCUGUCAUGUUGUAAAAUUAUGAUACACCUACAUGAGCAUAGAUUUUGAAAGUAAAUAACUAUUUGGUCUGCUCACUUUAUAAAUAAUGAGUAAACAUGAGUUGUAACAGGAAGAUAAAUAUCAGCCGAUGUUAACCCACACUUUCUAAAAAGAAGAGUUGCAAUUAUUUGUUUUUAAUUAGUAUGAAUAAAAAAUGAGCUUAGAUUCAAAUCAACUCUACAGUCAACGCUAUAUGCACAAACUUAAUAAAGAAAAAUCAAGUAAUCAAAAAAAUAAAUAUAUCCAGUUAACAAUUUAAUAUCCUUGUCUUUUACCUUGUCCCUGUGUUGUUUCAUCUGAGGUUUUAAUGACAUAGAAUUCUUACCUUGUUCUGGGCAUCAAAUAUGUGGCUCCCUUGAUAAAGGCAUUUGUGCCAAAACGUGGGGUGCUUGGUGAUUGAUUUUUCUUCCCUCUUCUCACUUAUUCUGGUAUGCUAUUGCUUCUCUUGUAUAUAUUUAUUGGUGAAUUGUUAGGAUUUGGUAUCUCUAUUACCUAUUUUUGACAUUGCUAUUUAGGAAUUUGUAUAUAUAUAUAUAUAUAUAUAUAUAUAUAUUUUGCUUGGAUGUAAUGAUAUAACUUUUGAUAAUUUUUCUGUACCAUACUUAUGUGAUUAUGUUUUCAUUUAUUGAUAUGCAUUGUGAGAUAUCGAUUUUCUGUGGACCUAUCUAAAUAAAAUUGUUAAUAUUUACGUUUGUACUUCUUGAUUGGAUUGUAUGCUGGGCAACAAAUAUACCUUUUUGAAUGCAGAACUAAGCAUGAUUUGUUACCUCGGGUCAGUGAUUGUAAAUCAAAGAUAUAACUGUUGUCAGGAUUUCAUUAAAGAUCAUGGAUUCCUGAAUAUCUGGCAGUCCAUCAAAUAUAAGUGGCCUUAUGAUGUCAUGAACGUACUCCAUGAAAUGUCUUACUAGGAAGAUAUCUUGGUGCAUCUAUAGACACUUCUAGGAGACAUGGAUAACACAGUUGACUCGGAAUUAUCAGAGAUAGUCACUUGUUAACUUCUAAAUUACAAAGAGCUCCUGGAAAUAAUGGUACAAGGAAGAGAAGCAUAAUUUCCUGCCGUUGACCAAACCUACAGAACAGUGUCCAUUGCCAUAGCUUAUCAUGUCUUUCACCAAGUUUUUCAGUGUAAAGGGACACUGCCCAAAUAAUAAAUAUUUUAUGAUGUAAUGUUCUCAGGUUUUAAUGUAUUAUAUGUAUGUUUGUAUCUGAAGAUAUAAUGUGACAUUGACUUGUCUACCUUAAUUUGUUGGCCUUUUAGUCUAUUAUAGCAAAAGCAUCUUAAGGUCACUAAAGCAGAUUUGUUUCAUUUCAGGGAUCUGUUCACCCUAUUGGAUCAUCUCGGAAUGAUCUCUUUCCAGAAAUCCAUAUAAAUUUACCCAAUGAAAGAACAUCUAUGGUUUAUAUUGGACUGUCUGAAUACUUCUUUAACUCUAUAGGGAAAAACUACUUUACAAUGAAUACUUUAAAGCUGGUUCUCACACAUGAGCAGGUGAGAGGAAUGCGUGAUCUUGAUAGACUUGGAUUUAGUCAAUAGGUUCUCCAGCAAAUGUCUUAAAAACUGUGACACAAAUUGCAAAAUUUGAAUGAGGGGGUAAAAACAGAUGCUCCUUAGCUGGAGAUGUUUGCCAUCAAUGCAUCACUUGUUUGUAAUUAUGUCUGUAGAAUAUCUUGAGACCAAAAUUACUGUUCCACCUACUUGGCAUUAUGGAACUUAUAUUACAUGGACAUUCUAAGCACCAAAACAAUUAUAUCUUUUCUGGAACAAAGAUGUAGCCUCCUUUCUCUGCAAAUAUAAAACAUUAGAGGUUCUGAGAAAUUGCAACAUUUACAUUUGUCAGAGAAAACACCUAUUUUGGCUGUCAAAGAAACAAUCACUAGAAGCAGUUCCUACUGAAAAAUUAAUGAUUUUCGAAAGUCUUAACGUUCGGUGUCAUCAUGCACUUUAUCAUGAUGCCAAACUCAGCUGAUGCCUCUCACAUAUAAGCAUUAUAAUCAGUGCUUCUCUAUGAGACGUACCAGGAUGUGGAGUGCGGUGAUUGCCUGCAUAUGCCAUAGGUCUCAGUGCAUCUCUGUGAAAAACACUGGAUUGAAAUAAGAUCAUCAGCUAUGAUAGCCUCUGAGAAGGUGGCAAUUUUUAAUGUCUUAAAGGACCACUAUAGGCACCCAGACCACUACAGCUUGUGGUCUGGGUGCCUGGUCCAGCUAGGGUUAACCCUUUUUUUUUAUAAACAUAGCAGUUUCAGAGAAACUGCUAUGUUUAUAAAUGGGUUAAUCCAGCCUCUAAAGCCUCUAGUGGCUGUCUCAUUGACAGCCGCUAGAGGCGUUUUCGUGCUUCUCACUGUGAAAAUCACAGUGAGAAGAUGCCAGCGUCCAUAGGAAAGCAUUACGAAUGCUUUCCUAUGAGACUGGCUGAAUGCGUGCGCAGCUCCUGCCGCGCAUGCGCAUUCAGCCGAAGAGGAGGAGAGGAGGAUCGGAGAGGAGGAGGAGAGCUCCCCACCCGGCGCUGGAGAAAGAGGUGAGUUUAACCCCUUCCUCUCCAUCCAGCCCAGUGGGAGGGGGACCCUGAGGGUGGGGGCACCCUCAGGGCACUAUAGUGCCAGGAAAACGAGUAUGUUUUCCUGGCACUAUAGUGGUCCUUUAAUAGUAGCAUAGGACUUGACAUUUUAAGUCCUGAAUAAAUACAUAUAUAUUUUUUGCUGAUCCUCCUUUUACCCGCAAAUGGUCACUUCUUAAUUGAUCUGUGAACGGGCAAUGGUAUGGAUCUAAACAGAUAUAGAUAUAGGAUGGCAGUAAUGUUAUUUUGACGACAUAUAUUCACCUGGAGAAAUUUUUUUAGUAUGUUGCACAUUGAGCUAUGGGUUAUUUCAGGUGUGUGAUCAUUGGCCCAUGGUUCACUGCCAUAGCUUUCCAACGUUUUCCUAUGGGGCAGUAUUGGAUUGGCUGAGAUCAUCAAGAUUAAUGAUUUCAGCCAUGAAGGUAGGGCCAGCCAUACCAAGAUCGGACUGGCGAGGGAGAAAAACUUAGUAAAAUUACCUUUAAGCUAAGAGAGAAGGGAACCUGAGACAUAACUGUGUAGUGGGUGCAAAAAACCUUAGUCAAUUCUUACAUAUUAUGUGUAGAAUGUGUAGUCCCAUGCUUUAGGGUUUAGGAUCCAGCAGUUUCAUAAAAGUUGUGGGUGUCCUAAAGGAAAUUUAAGAGGCUCUAUCUAGAGGGACGGUAUGCCCCUGUCACUAACCCAGAUCUAUCCAGGUAGGGGUUUAAUGCCCUAUUAAAAUACCCUCCUAUGAUGACAUUUUGGAUGGGAGGUCCAUAAAAGCAUGAAUCUGACUUAUCAUGGCUAAUAGGUUUACAUGCAAAAGGGACCUUUUGUGAAUUAGUAUUGGGACUCCAUUGCAACUGGUCGGGACCACUGCAUGAAAGUGGGAGGUAAAGCUGCCACUGCAAUAUGCCGGGGUACAAGACCUAGUAAAAUAUGUCUCCUGCAUAAUCACCACAUCUGCCCAAAGGCUUUGUAAUCACGUGUAGCCUGUCUGCAUUUAUUGGGUGUGAGAAGUCCGUUAACAUUAUGAAAUAUUACCUUUAGAGAAAACUAUACCCUUAAAUGAGAUGGUCCACCACUGAACCAAGGGGUUUUAGCCCCCUGAAAUAAUAAAGUAGAAAAUGUGUUAUUAAAACUUCACUUUUCAUUCAUUCAUUCAUUCAUUCAUAUUAAAAUGAAAAACCUAUCAAAAACAAACACAUUGUCUAAACAAAGAUACAAAAAUCACCUGUUAUCUUCUCACACAUUAAAAGAGAUAAAAAAGGAAGAAAAAUGUGUAAAAGGGAUAGUGAAUCAUAAGAUAAACGUAUGUUCUACAUUGAAAUGUAUAUAAUUUGUAUCAAUAUAAUAAUGCAUUCCAUUUGGAAAAAAGGAAUUGCAGUUUAUAAACUGCUCACCAGGGGUCACUAACCCACUAGUUAGUUGAAACCCAUGAAUAUUGCUAUCCCGAAAAAAGGUUAUAAAACCACACACUUGCACCCACAUAUAUUGUUCUAUAGAGGUCACUGUUCAGGAGAGUUAGUUAAAACUGGGCAAUGCCAGUAAUAUUACAUCUACCCCACUAAAGGUCACUGUUCCCCCAAAUAUAAAUACAUAAUAAUGAUUAUUUUAUAUUUAGCACAAUAAUUGCAAUAAUAACAUAUAUUCAAAAUUAACUUAGAAAGAGACGGUAAGUUAAUUUUAAAUAUAUGUUAUCGCAAUUAUUGUGCUAAAUACAAAAGAAUCAUUAUUAUUUAUUAUUUGGUGGAACAGUGACCCCUAGUGGGGUAGCUUUAAUAUUACUGGAAUUGCCCAGUUAUAACUAACCCCCGUGAAUAGUGACCCCGAUAGAACAGUAUGUGGGUGCAAGUGUGUGGUUUCAUAACCUUUUUUUCUGGAUAGUUAUCUUCAUGGGUUUCAACUAACCAGGGGGUUAGUAACCCCUGAUGAACAGUGUACAGACUGCAAUUCCUUUAACAAAAUGGAAUAUAUUAAUAAUACGAACUAUAUACUGUUCGAUGUAGAAUAUAGUUUUAUCUUAUGGUUCGCUAUCACUUUUACUAUUUCUUUUUCUUCUUCCCGUUUCUUCUCUUUUAAUGUGUGGAAGAUCACAGUUGAUUUUUGUACCUUUGUUUAAACGAUGUGUUAGUUUUUGAUAAGUUUUUCAUUUUAAUAUGAAUUAAGUAAAAGUGAUUUAAAAAAAUUAGACAUUAAACACGGAAUGCAAAUUUAAUAGGAAUUACAAAACUAAAAUAGUCAAGCUGUGACUAUAACUGGGCAGCUUUUGUAGCCUAAGUGUUUGUCAAUCAGAUUUAGGCCUCAAUUUAAUAUUUUUGGAUAACCUUUUUUUUUUUUUUACAAUGAUUUAGUAUUUUUUUAUACAUUUUUUAAAUAUUUUUUCAAAAUGGUAAAAAAUCCAAAACAUUUAUCAUAUAUAAAAAUAUAUUUAUUUUUACAUAUAAAUUUUGUUUUUCAGUACAGUGAAUAACCAUGUUAUUUUUUGCUUAAUUUUUUUUUUUAUAUAUGUAUCAGAAUGCAGAUAUAUUCUAUGUAUUCAUUUUUAUAAUAUUGUAAAUUAACUUUUUUUUUUAUUAAGAGGAGGAAGAUGACUUAAUUUGCAAAGUCUUUUGGUAGCUUUAUUUAGCUUUUCUCACAGUUUAACUUCUCUUUCACAGUUUCCUCGUGCAUUUUGGUUACGAACAGGAGACUAUGGAACAAUCAUUCCAAAGGUAUGAUAUUCCAAUACUUUUUAAUCACAGGUUAUGCCAUAACUAUUGAGUAACUUUAUGCAUAGGAUACUAAAAGGUAUUUUGAUUGGCCAGGAUCUUAAUUUUCCACAUCAAACUGAGUAAUAAUAUACUGGUGUAAGAAACUACAGAUUGAAAACACACAGCACCUGUGGGCAGACUAGAUGGGCCGAAUGGUUCUUAUCUGCCGUCACAUUCUAUGUUUCUAUGUUUCUAUGUUUCCUUGACACAUUUAUAAGGUAACAUUGUAUUCAUAGAAACAUAGAAACAGCAGAUAAGAACCAAUUGGCCCAUCUAGUCUGCCCAAUUUUCUAAAUACUUUAAUUAGUCCCUGGCCUUAUCUUAUCCCUACCCCAUGCAUGCUUAAACUCCUUCACUGUGUUAACCUCUACCACUUCAGCUGGAAGGCUAUUCCAUGCAUCCACUACCCUCUCAGUAAAGUAAUACUUCCUGAUAUUGUUUUUAAACCUUUGCCCUUCUAAUUUAAGACUAUGUCCUCUUGUUGUGGUAGUUUUUCUUCUUUUAAAUAUAGUCUCUUCCUUUACUGUGUUGAUUCCCUUUAUGUAUUUAAAUGUUUCUAAGAAAUCUAAUACACGGAAAAUAGGUGGAGCAAGUGAUAAUAAUAGUAAAAUGUACUUCCCUCUCUUCUACCUUUCUUGCUGUAAAAGAUAGAGAGGUACAAGAUAGUGCAGAUAUUUCUAUACACAGAAUAUAAAAAACAAAACAAAAGCGCAUUCAGCCGGCAGGGAGGAGAGAAGGAGGAUCGGAGGAGGAGAGCUCUCCGCCCAGCGCUGGAGAAAGGUAAGUUUAACCCCUUUCCCCUUUCCAGAGCCGGGCGGGAGGGGGACCCUGAGGGUGGGGGCACCCUCAGGGCACUAUAGUGCCAGGAAAACGAGUAUGUUUUCCUGGCACUAUAGUGGUCCUUUAAGUCAUCUGAAAUAAUUACCCCUAAAUCCCUUUCCUAAGAUGUUGAGGUUAGGACUCUAUCAAAUAUUCUGUACUUUGCCCUUGGUUUUUGCGUCCAACAUGCAUUAUCUUGCACUGCAGCUGCCACAACUCUGACCAUUUUCUAGUUUACCUAAAUCGUUUUUCAUUUAGCUUAUCCCUCCUGGAACAUCAAGCCUGUUACAUGUCAUAGUACCAUCAGCAAAAAGACAAACCUUACCAUCAAGAUCUACUGCGCUAUCACUAAUAAAAUUAUUAACAAGAAUGGGUUCAAGUGCAGAUCCCUGAGGUACCCCACUGGUGACAAGAACAUGCUUCGAAUAUACUCCAUUGACUACAACCCUCUGUUGCCUGUCACUCAGCCACUGUCCUACCCAUUCAAUAAUAUUGGAAUCCAAACUUAAAUAUUGCAGUUUAUUGACAAGCCUUCUAUGUGCAACAGUGUCAAAAGCCUUACUGAAAUCUAGGUAAGCAAUGUCUAUUGCACCACCCUGAUCUACUAUUUUAGUUACCCAAUCAAAAAAAUCAAUAAGAUUAGUUUGGCAUGAUUUCCCUGAAGUAAACCCAUGUUGUCUCUGAUCUUGAAAUACAUGUGGUUUUAGAUAUUCAACAAUCCUAUCCUUUAACAUGGUUUCCAUUACUUUCCCUACUACUGAAGUAAAGCUUACUGGCCUAUAGUUGCCCGACUCCUCCCUACUACCUUUCUUGUGAAUGGGCACAACAUUAGCUAACUUCCAAUCUUCUUGGUCUACUCCUGUUAACAAUGAUUGGUUAAAUAAAUCUGUUAAUGGUUUAGCUAGUACACCACUAAGCUCUUUUAAUAACUUUGGGUGUAUUCCAUCAGGUCCCAUUGACUUAUUUGUCGUUACUUUUGACAGUUGCAUGCAUUUUGCAUUGGAGGUAUGUCUAAAACAGCUUGCAAAUGUCUCUUAUUUGAAGCCUUAGCAAGCCCUAUUCUUCCCUUAGCCCAGACUUUCCAAUCACAGACUUCUCAGUGCAGCUCAAUGAGAAGUAUUUGCAAAGCAGGUGCUCUGGACAAUUGCCUUCCUCGAGUUUAGCUCCACUGAGCUAACCAAACUAUAAAAUAACAGGGCCUGUUGUCUGGCAGCCAGAGGCUAUAACUAGAUUAAUUUAUAAAAGUGACAAUUUCUAUGUGUAUACUGUGUGGGCGUCGUAUUCAAAAUGACUUAGCGAGUGGAGCAAUGAAUGCAUCAAAUUUUACGUUACGCUUGAACAUUUCUCCAGGGAAUCUAUUUGGAUGAUUUAGAAGGCUUUCAGGGACGAUGCAAUAAGUGCAACACAAAUAAAAGUGUGGCGUAAGUGCUUCAAAAGUGGUCAAGAAUCUGUUGAACGAUUACAUGCCCUUUGACUCCUGGCUUUUCCAAAAACUAAAAUCACUAAAGCGAUUUCAGACCCUUGAUGAGAUUCAGGUAAAUAUGAUGAGGCAGCUGAUGGCGAUUCCAACAAAAUAUUUUGUGGAGUAUUUUGAACAGUUGAAGAGAUGCUGUGAGAAGUGUGUGAGGUACCUAGUUUGAAGGGGACCGAGACGUCAUUGCCCUAUGUAUAACGUUUCUUUGUAUUUUGUAUCUUCUUCAAAAAAUGUCUCUGUUUUUCCUAUUACAUGGCUGGAUACGUUCUGGGCUGACCUACUAUAUGUUUUAUUUCUAUCUUAGCCUAAUAAUAUUUACACAAUAAAAGACAGUGUGUCCAUUGUAUUGCUGUAUUGUCUACAUCAUAGAUAGAGCACCAUUAUCCUCAGUCUCAGGCUAUGAAACUAGAACUAACCGCUACAAAGGCUCCUAUGGUAACCGUGACUCCUCAGAAUAUCACCAUGGAGAUGACUGGACUGUUACAAGGAAUGGUCGUCUUGCCAUAUUUAGUCACCAACCAAGUAUUUUCUGUCAAUAUGGUAAGAUUUAUUUUCCUAUAUUACUUUUUGUAUUUAGUGUUAACAUUUUAUCCAAUCCUAUUAGGCAACCUCUUUACUGGGUAUUGAAUAAUGAAAUAAAUAUAAGAAUAAUAUAAAAAGAAUUAAUUGGCAACUGUACAUCAUAAAUACUUAUUUUAUAUCCAGCCAUGCAUAAUAAUUGUAAUUAAAAAUAUAUUCGCCCUGCUUGUGUUUAAUUGUGUCACACUCCAUCUUUCCUUCCCCCUCUUUCUUACAAUCAUUCUCAUAUUGUUCCUAUAUCUCUUUCUCCCUUUCUUUCUUUUGGUGUCUCCUUUCUUUCCUUGCUUUUUUCUGCUUCUUGUUUGAUGAGUAUAUGCUUAUUACACAAUUUCCCCUUCUGCUUCCUCCAGGUAGCAACUCUAAUAGCUGAUAAAGUGCAACUCUCAGGCCUGAACCUGGUAGUCUCCUUUGUUGUUGAAAGGUAAAAAGUAAUUAAAAAGAAAAUGAUAUUCAAAGAUAAUGAAAUUACAUUCCUGAUUUCAAUGGGACAGUCAUGAUUUUAGGGUACUCUUGUUCCAGGUUUGUUCACAGCAUUGAACUAUUCCCAAUAAGCAUAGUGGGAGCACUAAGGGCAUUGAAACAGUCCUCACUCAAUGGGCUGGCUUUGAUAAUUGACAUGCAGCAAGGUGUGCAUUAAUGCCAUUUGAAUCACCAGGGUUCGCUGGAUUUUAAAUAAGGCCACUGAGGUUCAGGUCAAAGAUCUCCCUCACCGGCCAGCCCAUUCUAAUGCCAAAGGAGCAGUUGCAGGAGUUGGCCGCUGUGGUAUUGUGUGCAGCAGACUGCCUACAGGAACAGGAGACCACAGACCUCCUUCUUCUCCUUUUUUGUGGUCUGCUGAGACACCACAUUAAACGGAGGAGAGUAAGCAGGGCUAUGACAUAAAUAUGGUGCUACCUCUACUUCAUCCAUGCAUGUAAGGAAGUGAGAAUGGGCCAAAAGAAGACAGCUAGCAGAAAGGGGAGCAGGAAAUGCAAGUAAAAGCAAUCUCUCUCCUAUUUUACCAUGCACUUCUCACCCUCAAUUCCAGCUAAGGGCUAGUGUCAGCCACCAGCUGGCACAGCAAGGAACCUACCAGGCCAGCAGCAGCCUUACCCAACUCAGGGUGGAGCUAUCCAUGCCCACCAAAAUGAGUGUGAUUCUCUGCAUGGUUCAAUGUGUGUUCCUGCAUGGGUCCGUGUAUGUCUGCAUGGGUCAGCGUGUGUGUCUGUAUGGGUCAAUGUUUAUCUGCAUAGGUCAGUGAGAGUGUCAAUUUGUUUGGGGGGGGCGAUUGUGUCCUUUUUUAGUUUAAUGCCCACCCUCCCCCAAUAAUUCUUAGGAUGAGGGGGGUAGGUAGGGUUUUCUUUAUGGGGAGGAGACUAGGGACCCCUUGUCACUGGGGGGUUGGGGAUGAUAGAAUUUAUGGGGAAUAGGUUCAUCCCCUUAUUCUUUAGAGCCUACAUCCACUGUCAAGGAGUGGGGCUGGAUGGAGAUAACAGGUCCUCCCCUCACUUUAUUGCUUAGGGCCCCUGUCCUUUGCCAAUGGGUGGGACAGAAGGCCCCAGUUUAUUCUAGUGGCCCCACUCACAGAGCACAGGUGGGAGCACAUGGGACACUAUGUCACCACCCUGUUAAAUUGUUUAGCAUGUUCUUCACACCAUGGGGGCACGGGGGACCUGUGCUUAGUCCACCUUUAUUGGAUUAGAGACUAGGCAGCAAUAGCUGCCCAGUCACUAGUUUUUUUUUGUUUUUUUUAGUAGACAUGCUCCAACUUGUGACACUGCAGGUAGAGGCAGGAUGGAGAAUUUAACCUCCUUAUUUACAAAAAAAAAAAAGUGUUUUUUUACAUAGUAUUAAUAAAGUUGUCUGGAAGACCAACAUUACUAAAAAGUAGGGCUUUUCAUAAUUUUUACAUUUUAGUUACUUAGUAGAUAGCUCUCUAAUCCUUUUGUGGGCUUGCCAUAAGGAUACCAAAAAGGAGCUCUUUACUAAACAGCUCCCUCAUUUGGUACCUUGAAAUAUGUAAAUCCCACAAGGGUACCAAUUUAGGUAGUUGUCUACAUAACGACUCCAAGAUGCAGCCACAGCACAGAUCGUUAUUUCAUUAGUCUGAAUGAAAUUCCAAAAUGAAAAUAAUAACUGAAUUUCAUUAAAAAAAUUUAUGAAAAAACAGACUAAAUUUGUUUUACUUAACUGGUGUUGCCUUCCACGCCCACUCCUCAUGUCACUGCGGCCACGUGCAGUCCGAUCAUAGGCUUCUUAUAGAAACAUAGAAUGUGACGGCAGAUAAGAACCAUUCGGCCCAUGUAGUCUGCACAUAGUGAAACAUGUGAUUGAGCUCAGGGUGCAUGCACAUGCUCAGUGCCAGUGAGUGAGGAGUAGGGGGGGGGAUUUUUUUUCGUGCAGAAGCAUUGCACAUUCAGACAAAUCACAGAAGUGGCCAUGGUGGUUGGAGUUACCCCUUAAGAACGUGUACAAUGUUUUUCAAAUUGUGGUGUCUUGUGUAUAAACUCAGCUCUCAUUACUUUCUAUUUCUUUUAGCUGUAUGAAACGACACAUUAUCGCAAAUAAACCUGUCUUAUUACCUUUAUAGGUAUAAAUUCCACGAAUUCAAAAGCUCUGUGGGCUAUAUCAAUGUGAGUACCAGACUAAGUAUUUGUAAAGUCCAAAAGUCCCUUCACAGGAUAUUAAGUUUACUUUUUCCUAUAUUUAACAAAUAAAUAUUUGUGAAAUGCAAAAAUAUUAUAUUAAAGGAUCACUAUAGUGUCAGGAAAACAAACCCGUUUUCCUGACAUGGUCAUCCUUGCGGGACACUCACCCUCAGUGUCCCCCUCCUGCUUAAAACCCCUUCAGCCACUUACCUUAUUCCAGCGCCGGACUCCCUCAGCGCUGGUGACCUCUCCUCCCUCACCGACGUCAGCUCCCUCUGCCGCGUGCGCAUUCAAAGUGUCCAUAUGAAAGUAUUUCUCAAUGCUUUCCUAUGGACGCUCUGCGCGAUGGAGGCGUAAUAUGCCCCCAGCGUCGCAGAUGCGCCUCUAGUGGCUGUCCGAACCCAAAAUGUAAACAUAGCAGUUUCUCUGAAACUGCAAUGUUUGCAUCUUAAGGGUUAAAACCUGAGGGACCUGGCACCCAGACCACUUCAUUGAGCUGAAGUGGUCUGGGUGACUACAGUGUCCCUUUAAAUGUAGAACUCCACACCUUUUUAUCCUACAACUGUCAUCUCUAUCUUAGCUCCCUGCAAUGAAAAUUGUAUAAGCCAUAUACUUUGCACUUAGCAGUCAGAACAGAAAAGGCAUACAGAAAAGACAAGAGAUGUUUCUAUUUCCCCUCUUCAUCUGCAAUGUUUGCAGUGGCUUAGCCUUGUCUGAACUGGAUGAUGUUAUCUUUUGAAAUUGUAAUUUAUGUGAAAUUCACACAAUCUUUAUGAGCAUUCCAUUAUGAUUUUAUCUUUAUGAAAUACUAUUUUUUGGGUGGGGAUGGGUGUGAGGGAUGGUAGAGGAGGGGCUAGGGGACAGAGAAAUUUAAAGUAGUCUAAAUGUGAAAUACCAAAACAAUGGACUGUUUAAUUAAUUAGAGAUGGUCUAAUACACUGUCAUUCUCUGAAGUUCUGCCUGUGCAUAACACUCAGAACGACAGGCGGAUGCGUAUUAGGGACUUUAAUUUGUGGCUUGGUGAAUGGUGUCGGGAGCAAGGAUUUGGUUUUAUUUCUCAUGGUAGCUCUGUUUGGAAUGGAAAUAAACUGUACAAAAAAGAUGGUUUGCAUCUUUCUCAAGAGGGAACAAAUGUUCUCAGUGAGCAGUUCAGAGGUUUUGCUAGGAUGUAUAUAAACUAGGAGGGGGGGGCAAAAGGGUGAUAAAACAUCAAUCCAAUUGUCCCCAAAAACAAGGACAGAAGGUGCCUGUAGCAAGUGUGUUAAAAAAUGAUAAGCUAAGAGUCAUGUCUACAAAUGCUCGCAGUUUAGGGAAUAAGAUCCAUGAACUUGUGGCAAUAAUGGCAACUGAUAGUGUAGAUUUAGUCGCUGUUACUGAGACAUGGUACAAUGAGAAAAAUGACUGGGACAUAGCAAUACCAGGGUACUCUUUUUAUAUAGGAAAGAUAGGGAAGGCAAGAAAGGGGGAGGGGUGGCCUUGUAUGUGAAGGAUAGCAUAAAAUCUAGCCUAAUAAAAGUUAGUGAGGCAAACAUAGAGACCAUUUGGGCUACGUUAGAAUUUGGUAAUCACACAGUAACUCGUGUAGGUGUGAUUUAUAGGCCCCCAGGACAAAUUGAAGAGUUAGAUAAUCUACUAGUUGAGGAAAUAGCUAAAAUGACAAUGAAGGGGAAGUUAUCAUCAUGGGUGACUUUAAUCUUCCUGAUGUAAAUUGGAAAACAAAAUUAGCUACUUGUGCCAGGAGCACACAUAUUCUAAACUCCCUACUGGGUUUGUCUCUAAAACAAGUUGUUGAGGAGCCAACUCGUAAAGAGGCCAUACUAGAUUUAGUCUUAACAAAUGGAGAUUUAGUAUCAGAUGUUACUGUAGGUGAAAGUUUAGGAUCCAGUGAUCAUGAGUCAGUGUGGUUUAAUAUAAGAACAGUGACUGAGUCACACCACACAGAAACAAAAGUUUUAGACUUUAGAAAAACAGACUUUUCUAAAAUUAGAAUAUGGGUAGAGGAGUCAUUAUCAGACUGGAGCAAUUUAAAUGGAGUCCAAGAAAAAUGGGAUUAUUUAAAAGUUGCACUAUUGAAGGCAACAGAAAAUUGCAUUAGGCUUGUCAGUAAAAGCAAAAAUUCAAGAAACCACUGUGGUACUCCGCAGAUGUGGCCAAAAUAGUUAAAAAAAAAAAGUUAGCAUUUAGGAAUUAUAAAAAAACCCAGAGUGAGGGAGACAAAAUGAUCUAUAAGAUUAGGCAGAAAGAGGCUAAGCAAGUUAUAAGAGCUUCCAAAUCACACACAGAAGAGAAAAUAGCACAGACAGUAAAAAAUGGGGAUAAAACAUUUUUUAGAUACAUAAAUGAGAAAAGAAAAGUAAAACAAGGAUUAGUUAGAUUAAAAACAAAAGAAGGAAGGUAUGCAGAAGAGGAUAAAGGUCUAGCUGACUGCCUCAAUGAAAUAUUUUUGUUUUAUAUUUACAGAUGAAAAUGAAGGAAAGGGACCUCUGUUGAGAAAAAAGGAUAAAUGAGUCAUUUAUUACACGUGAGUUUACAGAGGAAGAGGUUCUAUUUCAACUGUCAAAAGUAAAGACAAAUAAGUCAAUGGGACCUGAUGGAAUACACCCAAAGCUAUUAAAAGAGCUUAGUGGUGUACUAGCAAAACCAUUAACAGAUUUAUUUAACCAAUCAUUGUUAACAGGUGUAGUCCCAGAAGAUUGGAAGUUAGCGAAUGUUGUGCCCAUUUACAAGAAAGGUAAUAGGGAGGAGUCGGGCAACUAUAGGCCAGUAAGCCUUACUUCAGUAGUGGGGAAAGUGAUGGAAACCAUGUUAAAGGAUAGGAUUGAUGAACAUCUAAAAACACAUGGAUUUCAAGAUCAGAGACAACAUGGGUUUACUUCAGGGAGAUCAUGCCAAACUAAUCUUAUUGAUUUUUUUGAUUGGGUAACUAAAAUAAUAGAUCAGGGUGGUGCAGUAGACAUUGCUUACCUAGAUUUCAGUAAGGCUUUUGACACUGUUGCACAUAGAAGGCUUAUCAAUAAACUGCAAUCUUUAAGUUUGGAUUCAAAUAUUGUUGAAUGGGUAAGGCAGUAGCUGAGUAACAGGCAACAGAGGGUUGUAGUUAAUGGAAUAUAUUCGAAGCUUGGACUUGUCACCAGUGGGGUACCUCAGGGAUCUGUACUUGGACCCAUUCUCUUUAAUAUUUUUAUUAGUGAUAUUGCAGAAGGUCUUGAUGGUAAGGUAUGUCUUUUGCUGAUGAUACUAAGAUAUGUAACAUGGUUGAUAUUCCAGGAGUGAUAAGCCAAAUGAUUUAGGAAAACUAGAAAAAUGGUCAGAGUUGUGGCAACUGACAUUUAAUGUGGAUAAGUGCAAGAUAAUGCAUCUUGGAUGUAAAAACCCAAGGGCAGAGUACAGAAUAUUUGAUAGAGUUCUAACCUCAACAUAUGAGGAAAGGGAUUUAGGGUGAUUAUUUCUGAUGACUUAAAGGUAGGCAGACAAUGUAAUAGAGCAGCAGGAAAUGCUAGCAGAAUGUUUGGUUGUAUAGGGAGAGGUAUUAGCAGUAGAAAGAGGGAAGUGCUCAUGCCAUUGUACAGAACACUGGUGAGACCUCACAUGGAUUAUUGUACACAGUAUUGGAGACCGUAUCUUCAGAAGGAUAUUGAUACCUUAGAGAGGGUUCAGAGAAGGGCUACUAAAUUGGUUCAUGGAUUGCGGGAUAAAACUUACCAGGAAAGGUUAAAGGAUCUUAACAUGUAUAGCUUGGAGGAAAGACGAGACAGGGGGGAUAGGAUAGAAACAUUUAAAUAUAUAAAGGGAAUCAACACAGUAAAGGAGGAGACUAUAUUUAAAAGAAGAAAACUACCACAACAAGAGGACAUAGUCUUAAAUUAGAGGGACAAAGGUUUAAAAAUAAUAUCAGGAAGUAUUACUUUACUGAGAGGGUAGUGGAUGCAUGGAAUAGCCUUCCAGCUGAAGUGGUAGAGGUUAACACAGUAAAGGAGUUUAAGCAUGCGUGGGAUAGGCAUAAGGCUAUCCUAACCAUAAGAUAAGGCUAGGGACUAAUGAAAGUUUUAGAAAAUUGGGCAGACUAGAUGGGCCGAAUGGUUCUUAUCUGCCGUCACAUUCUAUGUUUCUAUGUUUCUAUGUUUCUAAUAGAGAUUCAAAAGACUGCUGUUUUAGGUCCAGAUCAUUUUCUUAUUCAAUCAGUUUAUAUACUUUAGACAUAAACACAUGAAAAAAAUUAUUCCUACAUUUAUUUUGGCAAAACGUGGUAAUUAUCAGUUUGGAACUAACCGAAUUUGGCCAAAAAUGUUUGGAAAUUUUUGGUCUUCUAUUCCCUAUAGGGCACUAUUUAGUAGAGAAGCUCCUCUAUUUUGGUACCCUUAUGUGGAGCUUCCCUACUUAGGGCACUAAGUUAGGGUGCUGUUUAGUAGAUAGUUCCUCUAAUUUGGCACCAUUAGAUAAGACUGCUCUACUUAUGAUAUCAAAUUAGGGAUCUACAUUAUACACAUAUAUGACAGUGAACAUCACUGUAUGUGUGUACAGGGCAAAUAACUUUUCACUUCACACAUGAGGAAAUUAACUUAUAUAUGACUGUGUGCAUGUAUGUGUAUGACUGUGCAUGCAUAGGGAUAUUGACAGUGUUUGUCACAGUGUGCAUGCAUAAGAAUGGGGUGUGCAAUGUCUGCAUGACCUGCAGAGAGGGGAGGGGGGUGCACAGCGCUCCUCUCCUGCCCAUCACUUCCUGUAGUGUGGCCGAGCAGACCACAGGUAGAGGAUCUGCUGUGUCCUCUACCCAGUCUGACAGGAAGAUGAGAGCAACGAGCUGCUUCCUGUCAGUCCAGGUAGAGGAAAUAGAAGAUCCUCCACCUGCGAUCCACUCAGCCACACUACAUGAAGGGAGGCAAGAGGGGCAAAGAUUUUUAAAAAAUAUCAGGAAGUAUUACUUUACUGAGAGGGUGGUGGAUGCAUGGAUUAGCCUUCCAGCUGAAGUUCUAGAGGUUAACACAGUGAGGGGGUUUAAGCAUGCGUGGGAUAGGCAUAAGGCUAUCCUAGAUAUAAGAGACUAAUGAAAAUAUAGAACAGAGAGACACCCAGAGGAUUGGGAGGACAAAGAGGUGCACAUGAGGGCUGAUGGGGGCACAAGGAGAAGGGGCUAGGGGCACAAAGACACACAAGGGCUGGGGGUACAAAGAGACACAUUGAUGGGUUAGGGGGAGUAGACACACAGAGGAGCUGGGAAAGGGCACAAAGGGGUUGCUAGAAAAAGAGACACACAAAGGGGCUGCACAGGGACAAAGAGGCACAUCAAGGGAUGAGGGGACAAAGAGACACAAAGUGGGGCUGGGGGGGAGACACACAAAAUGGUUGUGGGCACAAAAAGGGGCUGGAGGAGAAAGAGAUUCAAGAAGCUGGGUAAAAAGAGACACGCAGAUGAGCUGGGGAGGGUGGAGAGACACACAAAAGGGCUGAGGAUGGAAAGAGACGCACAAAGCUGCUGGGAGGGGGAAAGAGACACAUAGAGGGGCUAGCAAAAAGACUUACAAAGGGGUUGGGAGUGAAAGAGAUGCACAAAGGGGCUGGGGGAAGAAAGAGACACAAAAUUGUCAACUUAUGUUUUGUGUGUGUGUGUGUGUAGGGGGUGCCUAGGGUAUAAAAUAGUCUUGCACCGACCUUGUGCAUAGGUAAAUGAACAUGUAUAGGACUGUGUGCAUGUAUUUGUAAAUUAAUGUGUAUUUCACUGUGGGCAUGUAUGGGUAAAUGACAAUGUAUCUCACACUGUGUACUCCAAAAUAUGCCUUUAUUUGGUUUUCUAGGUAUUGUUAUCCCACAAAAGAGUCGAAUUAGCAAAACCAUCUAUUAAAUACUGCCCAAAUCUGGUAUCCUAAAUAGGGCAAUCCCACAUAAGAGUACCAACUUAGGAAGCUAUCUACUAAACUGCUGAAAGAGCAAAAAUAAGAGCCAUUUUUUUAAAAAUUUGCUAUUUCAGUUGCUUAGUUGCUUAGUAGAUAAGUCCCUAAUCUGACACUCUUUAUUAUGGCAAUCCCAUGUACCUACACCAAAUUAGGUACCUAUCUACUAAACAGAUUACAUCAAAAUUGAGGGAAAAAAGAGCUGCUUGGCAGAUAAGUCCCUAAUUUGCUAUCCUUAUGACAGCAAAUGGAUACAAAGAUUUUCACAUCAAUUUGUCCCAAAAUCUUUAGUUUUUGGAAAUUUAGGAUGUUGCCGAAUUCAGAAUUUGAAAGCUUUUCAAAUUCUGAAACUGAAAUGAAUUUAAAUUUGUCUGAAUCCAAAUGUACAUGUCUACAAUACAUCACUUUUCAAAGUAACAUCUCAAUACAAGUACAGAAAAAAUAAAUACAUACAUAGUCACAGUUUCUGCUUAGAAUAUCCAUGUUUGAUAUGUGUACAUAUAAAAAGAAAAAUAUAAUAUACUGCAACAAUAGUUAUUAGCAUAAAUAUAAUUGAACUCACAGGAUUCAAAGACAUCCGAUACUCAGUGUAGAAUAUAUUUGUACUUUUCUUCGUACCGGUGACAUUUUGACUGGUUUCAUAAACUCCACGGAAUAUUAUUUGACAGGCGCACAGUCGGAUUUGCCGGCAUAUGCGCUAACCUUACCCAAACCCCCAUUAAAACACGGACACAGGUUAUACUGUUGGAAAUAAUUAGUCCACAGCUUUAUUAAAUUAUUAAUAAAAUAAUUAAAGGACCACUAUAGUGCCAGGAAAACAUAUUUGUUUUCCUGGCACUAUAGUGCCCUGAGGGUGCCCCCACCCUCAGGGUCCCCCUCCCGCCCGGCUCUGGAAAGGGGAAAGGGUUAAAAACGUACCUUUUUCCAGCGCUGGGCGGGGAGCUCUCUGCUUCCUCUCCUCCUCUUCUACUCCUCCUGGAAUGAAUGCGCACGCGCGGCAAGAGCUGCGCGCGCAUUCAGCCCGUCGCAUAGGAAAGCAUUUACAAUGCUUUCCUAUGGACGCUUGCGUGCUCUCACUGUGAAAAUCACAGUGAGAAGCACGCAAGCGCCUCUAGUGGCUGUCAAUGAGAUAGCCACUAGAGGAUUAGGGGGAAGGCUUAACCCAUUCAUAAACAUAGCAGUUUCUCUGAAACUGCUAUGUUUAUUAAAAAAAAUGGGUUAACCCUAGCUGGACCUGGCACCCAGACCACUUCAUUAAGCUGAAGUGGUCUGGGUGCCUAGAGUGGUCCUUUAAGUAUAACAAAUGGGGUCAUUGCCAACAAAUCUUAUUAAAGUUAACAUCCCCCCAUAUACAUAACAUACCCCUAGCAACGACCCCACAAUAAUAACAAUAGAUAAUAAUCAAAAUAACAUGUUAAUACAGAAACUGGUCGCCCAAUAUGACCACAUUUCCACCAGGUUAAAUUGUAGGGGUGUACCGAGACACCGCUACCCACCAUAUCGAUUGUAGGGAUGUACCAAGACACCGCUACCCACAUAUCCAUUGUAGGGGUGUACCAAGACACCGCUACCCACCAGUUUCAGUGUAGGGUGUACCAAGACACCACCACACCCCAGGGUUCGGAGCCACCGAUGGGCUCGAACCUACCAACCACGUGCAACACUGCCCAAUCUACACUAAACCUCAUGAUGCCCACUUUCUCCUCCAUCUACCCUCCGAUUUAACCAGGCCAUUCCCGGCCGCUGUGAAAAAAUGGGAAAUCAACUAACCUAACCAAAUAAAGGGAGGGUGGAAGGGACAACUGACAGGUAAGCUGAGGUUCAGUUAAAAUGGCCACUUCAUAUAAUGGCUGGUAUAAAUACUCCCCUUAUGCCUCCGCCCUACCCAGCAUGCUAGCUGUCACUAAAUUCCUGUGGCUGCUAUGCCUACCUCCUGGCUCUGUCAAGGCCUAUUCCUCUUAGCUGUGCUGAUCCAUGGGCUACAUGAACAGGGAGUGAAGGUGGCAAUAUCCAUUUAUUAACAGCUUAAAAACAUAUUCUAGACUAAGAAAUAAUGUAUGAUCCUUGUAUAAUGAAACACUCCAUUGUUAUAAUGCCAAGAGUGCCCUGGUGACCCCAGGUCGUAGUCAAACCAUUCUAGAAUAGUUUAACUUUUGACUUCUUACAUGAGAUCUGCCUGUGGCCAUUACACACUGCAAGAGCCCUGAUAGCUACAGCUUGUGAGUUUCUGUUAGCUUUCCUGAGCUAAGCCCUGCAGUGCAGAACCAGCUCAUUGGCUGAGAGCAUCCACUGAGUGCUCUCAGCCAAUAAGCUAAGUCCUCACCGCCGAGCUUAGCUCAUAGCAGAGAGCUUUCGUUUCUCCUGGUGGAAGUGAAUGGCACCUAAUUGACCCCAAUAUGUUGUCAAAACAUUUACAGACAGUUUUACUGCUUACCCUGGGAGGGAACAAACCACUCAACUGCUGACAAUAGACAUAGCAUGGUUUUCAGUCCAGCAACAUUGGCUUCAAUAUUUCAAUACAUUUUUAAUUCCCAUAAUCAAUAUUUAAGUGAAAAUGCCCAUUUUACUUUUAUCACAUUGUGCUAAAACAUUUUCUUUGUUGUGUUUUUGUUGCUUAAUUUGUCCCGUAUGAAUCUGAGUUCUUUCUUAAUAUGCAUGCCAUUGGCAACAGAUCAAAUAUUUCACAAUGGCAGGAUUCCAAGAGGAGGAUUAAUGAUUAAUUAACAUAUUUAUAGUAACAUUACUGUAAAGCCUAUCUUGCGAAAUACAUAAUCAUUUAUUUUGUUAAACUGCAGGCUUGUUUUUGUCAGUGAAAUUACAACAUAUUUGGGUGGUCUCCAAAUCAGAAUAUGGCCUACAAAUAAACGUUAUGAGACUAUGAGACUAGGCACUAAAGGUAUAUUUGUAGUACUAAUGAAAUCUUGCAAAAAGAGAUUAUGAAUUCAUCAGUAAAUUUUAAAAUAUAUGCUGGCCAAAAUAGCUGUACUAGAAAAAUUAUUUAAUUCAUCUAUCUUUCCACUUUAGCUAUUUAGUUUUGCAUUUUGGAUUUCAGUUUAUCACAAUUGACUUUAUUGUGAAUUAGUGUAUCUGUAAAUGUGAAUAAAUAUUUAUUUUGAAACAGAGGCAUACCUAGGGUGUUUGGCACUCAGGGUAGAUUUGUGCAUUGAUACCCCUGCCCCUUGGCACUCCAAAUACCAUCCACCAUGGGUAUUGGACUACUGGUUGGGGUGCGAAAAAAAUAAGUGCUCACACUCUAUCUACACAGAUAGGUACAACAUAAUAUUUAUAGCCCUGUCCCUCCUCCUUCUAUCUACCACUUUAAUCUCCCUCCUUGUCUCUCUCCCAAUUGUGUCUCCCUCUUCUUUUCACCCACACUUAUGUCUCCCCAUAUUUGUACCCAUUCUGUCUGUUCACCCUCACACCCAAUCUCUUUCCACACCCAAUUCUCUGUUUGCCCACUCCCAUUUUCAUUAUAUCUAGCGCCAACUCUCACAUUCUCUGCCUGUUCACCCCUCCAUUUUCAGUCAUUCUACACUAUUCUCGGUAUGUUUGCCCCUCAUUCUCUGUUUAUCCACUGCCCUCCACUCUCAGUUUGUUUACCACUAAAUCAUCCUAUUCACUAUGCCCAGCAUCCCAUUUUCAGUAUAUCCACCCAACCCUCUUGCCCUUUCUCACACUUCUCACACCCUGUGUGUCUUGUUAAUUUUUCCUUCCUAAUGUGAUUGUAGCGUGACUAAGUGUGCUGAGGUAGUGUAUUCAUCCUCCUCUACCUGGCAUGUCAUUUCAGCGCACAGUCUGAGAGGUGAGGGUAUAGAGGCAGGAUAUCACUUUAGGUUCCUGAGCCACUGCAGAUCAGACAGAGAUGCAUGAAAACCCUCUGUUGCAGUGCUUCUUGGCUGUACUUAUAUUUGGAUUGGUGCAGAGCCAAUAGAGGGGUGCUGAGUGCAAUGCCUUCUUGGCUGUCACCAGGGGUGGAACACCCCCAUCCUCCCUUAAUACCCUACUGCUUCCAAGAAAAGUAAUGAAACUGUAAAAAAAAAAACUUUCACGUUAUUUCACAGGUUGCAGAACUAGAGAGUGCCUUGGAUCAUAGCUUGCGAGAAUCUGUGCUACGAGAAAUAAAUGGUAAAUGUCCUUCUUCAUUUAUAUAUUCAAAUAUGCUAAUCUUCUGGAAACAAUGGUUGAUAAUUGACAUGUAUUAUUUUUAAGGGAAUAAGACAUUGGAGACCCUCUUCUCUUAUGUUGUUUAACAUCAGCUUUUUUUGCCCAUGUGCCAAAAACAGUAGAUGGACCAUAUACCGUUUUAACAAGUAAAGUUAGCAACUAGACUUGUUCACUGAUUCAAAAUAAGUUUCAUCUGAAGUGUGCAUAAUAACAGCUUUAUUCAGUGGAAAAUACAUUUGUGCACCUUAUAUUUGGCUCAUAUAAAUGCAAUUAACUGAACUUGGUAAAACAAAUUUUUUGAGCUAUUAAAAUACCAUAACAUUUUACCAAAAAAUAUAGAAUUCCCUGCAACUAAGAAUAAAACAGACUGAUUUAGGAGAGAUAUCUCAGGUGGGGGCUAUCUGCUGGGGGCUAUUUGCUCCCUGAACUAGACAUAUUUUAAUAUAGCAAAGUCACAUAAGCUAUCUACAAGCUUGAGCCUUGGAAACAAGGUGCAUUCCUUCACAGGUACCAAUGAAAUAAAAAUGACCAGGGUUUCCCAGUGAUCCCUGAAAACAAGUUAGAGGAUGCCCUCUAUUAAAGGAAAUAGUCAAUGGGCGUAAACGGAAAUGGAGUUAUCAUUACAAAUCCUUCUUGUUCAAUGGGGUUUGUAAUGAUGCCCACUGUUUUUCCCCAAACACCCAUCAUAGGUCAGAUUUUUGUAAAUCUACCAACUAUGGUCUCAAUUUAAUUAUUUUAGCAAAAAAAUUGUCAAUACGUAUUUGGACAAUUAUUUUUCUUACCAGCCAAAAUUCAAACACCUGAAUCCGAUAAAUAAGAUGGCUGCUUAAGAUAAAACUGGCAAUACAUGUGCAUUGGAUUUCUGCUAGUCAUGGCUAUUCACUGUCAUUAAAAACAAGCAACUGGACAGCUGUAAUAACUGUAAUAACUGUGUGGACCUAAUGUCCCAUUGGCCCCCACUCAUGGGUGGUGGAUGGGGUCUACUGAUAAAAUAUUGUUGGACAUACCACUGUGGCCAGAAUUGUGGCCAGUUCUGCUCACUGUGUCCCCUCCACAGGGUGUCUAGAGGGUCCUCAAGUCCCUAGCCAACCCCAAUAAAAAAUCUGCCUACCUACUCAACCUAACAGUGAGUAAAAUGAAUGAGUGAGUAAAUAUAUAUUUAAAAAUAUAUAUUUACUAUCAGAGAUCUUUCUUCUUCAAUUUUCUUCAAGAAAGACUGUCUCCACUAACGAGAGUUAAAUGGAAUAACCAGUAGCUAAUAUUCAGACCAUAAGGAAUAUCACUGUACAGUGGAUAAGAUAUAUAAAAACCUUAAGAUAACUAGCCAAAUUAGUAAAAAGAUAUAUAGCCAAAUCCAUAAAAAGAUAAAAGACAAUAAUAGAAAACAAUAUGCUGGAUAUAUUAGAAAACCAACUUAAAAUCAACUUAAAAUAUAUACUACUGGCGAAGAUGAAAAAGGUAUAAAGAAAAUAAAUUAACAGAAAGUAUCAAACUAGCAAAUCGUCCAGGGAUAUACUAGUCUAAUGAAUUGAGAGCCCUUAGUGACUAUAGCAAGUAGGUCUGAAUCAUACCACAGCCUAUAAGGGGGUGGCAGUUGGACAACCCAGAUGAUAAAUUGACCUAAAGCAGACCCACUUUCUAUACCAAUAUAGUACUUCUGAAGUUAACAAAGCAAGUACAAUAACCCUAUAGAGCAAUCAAACAUAGCAAAAACUAAUUGCAUGUAAUAUAAAAAAAUUCCACUUGGUGGCUGAAGAUACCUGCAAUUAAGAGAAAUAUACCAUAGUCCUAACUGUAGAACACGUACUUUAUUAAAGCAAUUCAGUUAGAUGCGUGGGAGCGAAACGCGCAUGCGGCCUUGUUAACGGUAUUUAUGGCCGAGAUCCGGCGGGCGGCUGGGUGCUCGUUAAGAGAUGGGGAGGCGAGAAGGGGGUGGUGCGGGGGAACCUUGGAGCCCCAGGGACGUUCCCUACGGUGGGGGCAAUGGAAAAAACAGGUUAUAAUCAACCCGAACGGCAGUGCAAGGGGCGGGGGGCUUGCCCCAAGGGAGGGGCAAGGGCAAAAAACUACCAUACAGCAGAAAUAGUAAUACUAACAGAAAUGAAUGAAACAAUAUUAAAGGUACAGUAGUAUUAAGAAGAAAACAGCAAUGUGAUACAAUUUUUUCAGAGCAGAAAAAAGUAUGAGGUAUUUAGCUGAGGCAGCAGCAAAGAAAGAGGGAGUGGCCUAGGACAUAUGAGGGGACAUAGAACAAGGACUGAUCCCAUUGGUUAAUGUUAGAAUGUUAUAUGGUUAACCAUUAAGAGUAUUUGUUUUUCUUGAUAUAUUAAUAUAUCAAUAUCCUUUCUUUGCUGCUUGGGAAUGAAAAAAGAGAUAAAGCCUAAUAUGAGACUCUUCGUCCUUUAAAGGACCACUAUAGUGCCCUGAGGGUGCCCCCACCCUCAGGGUCCCCCUCCCUCCGGGCUCUGGAGAGAGGAAAGGGGUUAAACUUACCUUUUUUCCAGCGCCAGGCGGGGAGCUCUCCUCCUCUCUGCCUCCGAUCCUCCUAUUCGGCUGAAUGCGCACGCGCGGCAGGAGCUGCGCGCGCAUUCAGCCGGUCUCAUAGGAAAGCAUUUACAAUGCUUUCCUAUGGACGCUGGCAUCUUCUCACUGUGAUUUUCACAGUGAGAAGCACGCAAAUGCCUCUAGCGGCUGUCAAUGAGACAGCCACUAGAGGCUUUAGAGGCUGUAUUAACCCUAUUAUAAACAUAGUAGUUUCUCUGAAACUGCUAUGUUUAUUUAAAAAAGGGUUAAUCCUAGAGGGACGUGGCACCCAGACCACUUCAUUAAGCUGAAGUGGUCUGGGUGCCUAGAGUGGUCCUUUAAUAAAAUCCUUUUUAUAUUUUAUCACUCAUCUGUGGCAGGUAGGGGCUAUACUUAAUAUAAUAACCAGGAAAGAGACCAAAUGCUCCCCAGGUCCUCUCCCUGGUUGUUAUUUUAAAUAUAGCACCCACCACCAAUUAUAGGGACUGGGGUGACAAGAGGUUCCCCCUGUUAAUAAUAGAUCCCAUCCGCUGGCUGAAUGAAGAGGAAAUUGGCACUAGGAUGUCCUACCUACUUUUUUACCGAUGGCCAAGGGUUAGGGCACCACGCAGACGUUGAUCUGGACAGUAAUCUGCCCACCCACCAUUACUUAAUAUUACUUCAUACUUGCUACACAUCAAUUACUUUUAGGUGUUGAAUUUUAUGAAGUAAGUUAUCUUGUAUUAUGUGCCUGAUAAAUGGCAUUGAAUCUUUGAAGCUGAGAGUUUCUAAAAAAAAAAAAAAAAAUAGGUUUUAGAUUCAAGUCUUAUAAAGGUUAUAAAGUUAUCAAUCCAAACUGCUACAGGGCUUAUUGAGAGCCAAUAAACAUGAAAAAUAUGCAUUUUAUUUCAGUGUUUCAGUCAAAAUAAAUGCUUUGCUUCUCUUGGCUGCAAUAUUAAAAUGAUUAUGUACACUUUUGUUGUCAAGCUAAUAGUUUUAUUUUGGUUCCAUUUGUUUUGUUACUUCAUUUACCACCUGUUUUGGAUAUGUUCCUUUUUUUUUUUCUUACAGUAACAGUUCCCCUACCCCUCACUCCUAUAAUUGAUAGGUGGUCAAGAUAUAUUGCAUCGUAUUCCCGCUGAGCUUUGGCAGCCUGGCAUGCCAUAGAAUUUUAAAAUAUAUAUAUUUUUUUAUUUUUCUUAUAAUUAGUUCCUGAUUAUACAAACCUAGCUUGUCGGUUCAAAAUUACGAUUGCUUCACAAAUUAACAGUUUGGUAUUCAAAUUAACACUACUCAACUAAAAUAACAAAAUAUUUUUAUCCCGUUACUUUUUCAUAGACGGUCUGCAGAAAGGUAUCCCCAUGCCGGCCCUUGGUAAUAUCAGCCUUCAGGAUCCAGCAGUAACAAUUACUCAGGCAAGUAUCAAUGUUAUGUAAGGCCUAUGUGGGGCCUUAAAUUAAUAUUUUUGAAUACGCUUUUCAAAUGAUUUAAUAUUUUCGGACACAUUUUUUAAAAUAUUUUUAAAUAUGCAUAUAUAUAUAUAUAUAUAUAUAUAUAUAUAUAUAUAUCUAAAUGUAUUCGAAAUUAUAAAAAAAUAAAAAAAUUAAGUAUUAUUCAAAAUAUUAAAUAAUUUGACAAAUGUAUCCAAAAACACUGAAUCAAGGCUUAAAUUAGGGAUGACCAAAAGCUGGAUCGUAAAAAAUAUAAGUUUCUGUUCAUCAGAAAGUAACUCUUUGCAAAUACCUUGAUACUGAAGUGGUGAAUAUUGGAAACAGGGUCUGCUGGAGGUCUCGUCUAUGUCCACAUCAGGGUCAGAAUCAGUGCACUUAUUUGAUAUGUUUGUGGAGACUGGUCAGUUAGGGAGCAAGUGUUUGACAGCCUCAAUACUAAAGUUACGACGUUCUGCAUGUCUGAUCUUCAGUGAUGAUGCUAGCUGGUGGACACAGCAUGGCAUUGUAUGAAACCAGUAACAUUAAUUUCAUGCUGGAUAGAUUUACAUUUGCAAUUUUCAAGGUAAAUCCACAGCAAUUCUUUGUCAGAAUACGAAAUGUGGGGCAAUCAGUCUUUUUAAAUAUCACUUAGAUUUGGAAUGAGAUCAGGAACAGGAUCAACAACAGAAAACACUAGCUACAUAUAAAAUAGCUAAGAUAUCAAUUAUUUUAACCAUAGGGAGGCAUAAACAUACAAAAUUGGAAUUAUGUUAGGAAUAUGAUUUAAUUAACGGAACAUACUUGCUAUGUGAAUACCUAGCUGCAAUGGUUGAUAUAUUAUUAAAGAAAACAGUAACAACAUACAGAAUAUUCAUAAUUAUAAUAGGGAAUAAAUGGUAUAAUAAAUAACCCAUUAUAUGAGAAAAUUGCAUAUGUAAUUAUAUACUCAUGAUAAUCAUUGUCUUGUUUUCAUGCCAUCAAAAUAAUAUAUCCACCUUCUGUGAGCGUGCUUACUGUGAUGAUCUAGGGUACAAAUAAGCUCUUUUUAGGUAUUACAUAGAGAUUAUGUUAAAAAAUAUAAUAAAGUAAAGAAAAACUAAUUUAACUAAUACUCACUUUUGAGGACUAUUAUUUUCUUCAAAUUUUCAUGAACUACAGCCUUUAAAUGGAACACUCAACAGAGAAGCGAUUGGCUGAAUCCUCGACUUUCCAAUAUUUUUAGUGCCGAUGACAUAAACUAUUGCUGUGCAUGAGUUAAUGGGUUUUGUAGAUAAGCUGUGAGCUUUCUACUGAAUAGGAAAUAAGCUUAAUUUAUCUGAAUGUACCUUUCCUGGUUAAAUACUUUGUUGUUGUUAUUAUUAUUAUUAUUAUUAAUUUUUAUGAAGAAACCACAUAUAAUGUAGCUGUUCGUCAAGACAGAAGAAACCACUAUGUCCCUUUAAGUCAAAUAUAGGUGUUUAUUCACAAAGCACUGAGGUGUAGUGAAUUGAAAACUGAAUUUAAACAUUUUGGGAAAAUAGCCACACUAUGACUACAGGUGAUACUUGAAAAAUUAGAAUAUUGUGCAAAAGUUCAUUUAUUUCAGUAAUGCAACGUAUCAGGGGAAACUAAUAUAUGAGAUAAAUGCAUUACAUGCAAAGCAAGAUAGUUCAAGCCGUUAUUUGUCAUAAGUGCGAUGAUUAUAGCUUACAGCUCAUGAAAACCCCAAAUCCACAAUCUCAGUAAAUUAGAACAUUGUGAAAAGGUGCAAUAUUCUAGGCUCACAGUGUCCCACUCUAAUCAGCUAAGUAAGCCAUAACACCUGCAAAUAUGACUUAAAGGUAGGCAGACAAUGUAACAGAGCAGCAGGAAAUGCCAGCAGAAUGCUUGGUUGUAUAGGGAAAGGUAUUAGCAGUAGAAAGAGGGAAGUGCUCAUGCCAUUGUACAGAACACUGGUGAGACCUCACUUGGAGUAUUGUAGGCAGUACUGGAGACCGUAUCUCCAGAAGGAUAUUGAUACUUUGGAGAGAGUUCAGAGAAGGGCUUCUAAACUGGUUCAUGGAUUGCAGGAUAAAACUUACCAGGAAAGGUUAAAGGAUCUUAACAUGUAUAGCUUGGAGGAAAGACGAGACAGGGGGGAUAUUAUAGAAACAUUUAAAUACAUAAAGGUAAUCAACACAGUAAAUGAGGAGCAAAUAUUUAAAAGAAGGAAAACUACCACAAGAGGACAUAGUCUUAAAUUAAAGGGGCAAAGGUUUAAAAAUAAUAUCAGGAAGUGUUACUUUACUGAGAGGGUAGUGGAUGCAGUUAAUAGCCUUACAGCUGAAGUUAUAGAGGUUAACACAGUGUGGGAUAGGUAUAAGGCUAUCCUAAAUAUAAGAUAUAGCCAGGGACUAAUGAAUGGACUAAUGAAACUAUAUAUAAAAUUAGGCAGGUUAGAUGGGCCGAAUUGUUCUUAUCUGCCAUCACAUUCUAUGUUUGUAUGGAAUCUCUUUAUAACAGUGUACUGUAAUAAGAUAUGUAUAAGAAUUCAGAUACACUGAAUAAUUCAAUAUAACUUUCUUAAACGCUGAAUAGUGCAAAAUGCUAGAGGUAUACAUGUCUCAAGUGCAGUGUAGAUAAGGUGCUGCAUGACUAAAAAUAUAAGUUAGAUAAAAUUAGUAAAGGAAAAUUGCUGGACAAUACAUGCUGUGUGAGUACUGUCAGAAUUAAAAUGAUACCUAAGUUACUGUGCUGUAACUGAUAAAGUGCUAGCAAGGACAAAAUGCUGCCAGUUGUGAAGUGCUAUUCUUUAGAAUGUGUUACAUAUUAUGAAUUGCUAUAUAUUAUAAAGUGAUACUUGGUGUAAAGUGCAACCAAUUAUAAAGUACUUCUUGUUAUAAACUGCUGCUUAUUAUGAAGUGCUACUUAUUAUUAAAUGCUAAAAAAACUCAUAUUAAUGUAAAGGUAGUUAGGGAAGUAUCAGUGUGUCCAGACUGUGUGAUGCAAAAAGUGUGUGUUUUCUUUUCAAUAUAUAUAAUAUUGUUCAGGGAAAAGCAUAUAUUAAAGGAAACCUAUUGUCCCGUAAAUAAUUAUUUUUGUUUUUAGGGGCUAUAGUUUUUCUUUAAGGACUAUACGUUACCUUCUAUCGCGGUGACCACUGUUUGACAGAAAUAAGUAAGACUUGGCUGUCAGAGUGAUCUGAGUGGUGGACUUACUACCUACCAAUCAGAGUCCAAUUGGUCACAUUGCAAACCAUGGGACUUUUUCCCAUGCUUUGCAAUACCUGUGAUAGUAUGGGAAGCCUAUAAAAGGGCUUUCUCUGCUUGGAGCACUCAUUCUGCAAUGAGCCCUCCAUGGGUGAAGAUAGAUUAUUAUUUAUUGAGGUGUGGUUUUUAUUUUCUGUGUUUGUUUGUUUUUUUACAAUCUGGACUUUUUUUUUAUUUUAAUUAGUGGCAUUGGGAAUUAUGGAUUUUUAUUUAGCCUUUUUUGAGGCUGAAGAAAAUAAGAAUCCGAAGAAAAACUUCUGAUAGUAAGUAUCAUUUUUUUUUUUUUUUACAGACUUUAGAUGGCUUCUCCUUACUACUAGUAGGGUGAGGGGGUUGGUAAGGAUAGUGAUGGACCAUUGCCGACCCCUGCAACCAGCAAUGAAGGGACCCAUCGGGUGGCACAUGCUCUUGGGGCCACCUGAUGGCAAGGAAUUACCUGGGGCCUUGUCAGCGCUGGGCCGCUUUAAGAGCUCGACCGGGCCUCAUUGAUGCAAAGUCACUUCCUCCCAGCAUACACAGAGCAGAGCCGCGUGGGAGGAGAAUGCAGGGAAAGGAGGGAGUCAGAGCUCUGACUCCCAUCAGCAUUAGGCAGCCACUGGACCCCAGGGAUGUCACCUUCCUGCACCUUAAGGUAAGAAACAGGAGGGUCACUAACAUUUUUAAUAGUUUGUGUGUGUGAAUGUCUGUAUGUGUGUGUCUGCAUGUGUUUCUGCAUCUGUGUGUCUGUAUCCAUGUGUCUGUAUGUGGGUGUUUGUCAAUGUCUGUAUCUGUAUAUCUGUGUGUCUGUAUGUGUGUCUGUAUAUAAGAAUGUCUGUAUAUGUAUGUCUGUGUGUGUGUAUGCAUAUGUAUUUGUAUGUAUAACUCUUUGUAUGUGUAUCUCAUUGUCUGCAUGUUAGUCUGUAUGUGUAUCUGUUUGUCUGUAUGGUUAUCUGUAUGCAUGUGUGUCAGUGUGUGCCCCUAUGUAUCUGUAUGUGUGUCAUAGUUUAUAUCUGUAUGCUUGUCACUGUGUAUCUGAAUGUUGUCAUUAAGUGUGUAUGUGUAUCGGCAUGCAUGUCUAUAUGUGUAUCUGUCUGUAUGUGCAUCUGUGUGUUCUGUGUCUGUAUGUGUAUCUGUUUGUCUGUAUGUGUGUCAGUGUGUGCCCCAUGUAUCUGAAUGUGUGCCACUGUUUAUAUCUGUAUGCGUAUCAUUCUGUGUAUCUGAAUGUUUGUCAUCAAGUGUGUCUGUGUAUCUGCAUGCGUGUCUAUAUGUGUGCCUGUGUAUCCACAUGUGUGUCUGUAUGAAUGUGUAUCUGCAUAUGUGUCUGUAUCUGUAUCUGGUUGUCUGCAUAUGUGUCUGUAUGUUGAUCUGCAUAUGUGUGUAUGUAUGUGUAUCUGAUUUUCUGCACGUGUUUCUGCAUCUGUCUGCAUGUGUGUCUGUGUAUGCCCCGAUGUAUCUGUAUAUGUGUCACUGUUUGUAUCUGUAUGCGUGACAUUCUGUGUAUGUGUAUCUGCAUUUGUCUAUAUGUGUAUCUCUCUGUAUGUGUGUGUGUGUACCCGCAAGUGUGUCUGUGUAUCUGUAUGUGUGUCAGUGUUUGUAUCUGUUGAAGUGUCAUUCUGUGUAUCUGAAUGUGUGUCAUUCUGUGUGUCUGUGUAUUAGCAUGUGUGUCUGUGUAUAUAUCUGUAAGUGUUAUAUUAUACAAAUGGAGGAGUGGGGAGGUAGGGAAGAUGUAUGGGGAAAGGGGCCCCUGGGCAAUUUUCACACCGGGGCCCUGUGGUUUCUAGUUAUGCCUCUGGGUAAGGACUUAGGAGGGUGGCUAAAGGAUUGGAGACACCUCACCACCCAGGAGGGGGAGUACUAUUCUUUUGCAUGCCUACCCUUUAUUUUAUAAUUAGAUUCUAUUUUGGUUUUUAUUUUACAGGGCUAUUUGCUAAAAUGAGAAUUCAAAGUGAAUUUCAAAUGUAAGGCCAGAGUAGCUGCAUGGAAAGUAUGGAUGACUUUAAGAAUUUUUUCAAAUUGGCUCUUUUGGCCUUAAAUUUGUCAUUCACUUUGAAUUCUCAUUAGUGAAUAACCCUGUUAGUUUUUGGUCUGUACAUAUUUGUGUAUGAUAUACCCAUGCUCUAUGUAUAUUUAGAUCUUGGAGAUCAAAUAAAAUUUCUUAACAUUUAUUGUUAUUUAUAUAUUUUAGGGUUGCGUGUUAGUUUCUGUGGAUAUGUUCUACACUCCAUGGACAGAAUUAAUGAGAAUGCUGCCUCACAAACAAUAUAGUCAUAUGACCUGAACCCAAUUUUCCACGUGAUC